AUGCCCCUGGCGCCAGAUACAGAGGGUCGCCACUGCGCCAGAAGAAGCACAGAGCUUCAAGAUGUCAAUCAAAAGAUGUCAACUGACCGGUCCCUCAUCCCACACCUGGUGCUCCCUCAUCUCAGCUAUAUGAGAGAGGCCCAUGUUGGAUUCAGGUAGGGCCCUGUGAGGAACUGACUCUGCUGGGUUUCGAACCCUGGUUUACAUGGUGCUAAACCUGUUCAUUACCAGUACACCAGCCUGCCUUUUGCAAAUUUACCUGAGAUCUGAUACCAUUGCUUGUAGAGUCAAGGUUAUCAGUGACAACUCACUUCAGCUGUGUCUAGUCAGGUGUCUGGUUCUUGGCCUAUAAAAGCCACUUCCUGUCUCUUUACCUUUGCCAGAUUAUUGUGGUUCCUGUACUCUCUAAUCCAGCGUGUUCCUGUUUCUCCUUCCUGUUGCUGAAUUUGGACUGUUUUGACUUUGCUGCUUCUCCUUCCCACUGACCUCGGCUUGCCUCACUACGAUUAUCAUCUUUCUGUUCCAGUCUCCCAUCUCUGCUUAAGACCAGAAGGCCACUCAAGGCUCAGGGGCUCAACCACCUGGGUAACGAGUGGCUACCUCUGGCAGAAAACAUUGCUGAUCUGGCUACUGGACUCCAAAACUUUGUAACAUCAAUAUCAUUACAGAAUAAUCUGGCCCAUUCAUGGAGACCGUCGGAUCAGAUUCUGCAUUGGCCCAGCAGGUUGCUUUUAAUGCAAGAACUAUGCAGACCCAGGCACAGACCAUUCAAGUGCUGCAGGAUCAGGUAGCUGAACUGCAAAAUGAAGUUCGAUCAAUGCAUAGUGAGCUUACCAGCUACAGGGCACAUGAUGUUGCGGCUGCUGCUACUACUACUGUUACACCUGCACAAGAUGCCCGCUUGCCUCUACCAGAAAAAUUUGGAGGAGACCGCAAAAAAUUCAGGGGUUUCCUAAAUCAAUGCCGUUUGCAUUUCAUGAUGUUACCUAACCGUUUUCCAUCUGAAAGAGAGAAGGUGGGAUUUAUUUUUUCCCUCUUCAAAGAUGAAGCCCUGGCCUGGGGCUCCCCUUUUCUGGAACAGGACAGUCCAAUCUUGGGAAAUUUAAAAGACUUUCUUGAGGCCAUGUGCCUAGUUUUUGAUGAUCCCAAUCGCUGUGCUACAGCAGAAGCCACUCUCCUUCAUUUACAUCAAGGGAGGCGCUCUGUGGCUGAAUAUGCUGCUGAAUUCAGACAGUGGGUUACUGAUACUACUUGGAACCAAUCAGCCCAGAGGUUCCACUUCAGAAGGGGUCUCUCAGAAGCUAUAAAAGAUGAGCUAGCUCGUGUUGAUCUUCCUGUUGAGUUUGAUGCAUUUGUGCGGUUGGCUAUCCGUAUUGAUCGGAGACUUUCAGAAAGAAGAUUGGAAAGACAGGGCUCUUUUAAACCAAGUGCUACUCCUACUUUCUAUUCAAGAAUUUCUACUCCGACCCCACAAACACCUACAGACUCUGAACCUGAGGCUAUGCAGGUAGAUCUAAUAAGAGGGCCAUUAUCCAAUGAAGAAAAACAGUGGCGACGCACUCACAACUUAUGCCUGUAUUGUGGUAGUGCAGGGCAUUAUGCCAUCAAUUGCCCUAACAAGUCUAAAAGAACAAUAGCUAUGACUGCUGAGGGUGCACAGAUUCAACACCAAUCCCAGAUUUCAGACCAACUGGAUUCUGUCACACAACCCUUGUUUUCUCUGGCUCAGGGUGAAGAAGGUAUGAUGACUCAACAUCCUCAUUUGGUGGUGCCUAUCACUUUGCAAUAUGGUAAUAAUACAAUUUCAACUACAGCUAUGAUAGAUUCCGGAGCAGGCGGAAACUUUAUGGACAUUAAAUUUGCAGCAGGAAAUAAAAUUCAGUCUAUCCCUAAAUCUUCACCUGUGUUAAUGGAAACAGUAGACGGUUCUCCACUUACGUCAGGCCCGGUUACACAUGAGACUGUGCCCUUAAAAUUGAUUCUGGAAGUGAAUCACCAUGAGUCUAUAUCUUUCCACCUAAUUUCCUCAACACAGUUUCCAGUGAUUUUGGGUAUACCCUGGCUUGCUCUGCAUAACCCACAGAUUGAUUGGAAGACUAGAACUUUGUCCUUUCCUUCAGAACACUGCUUAAUGAAUUGUCAACCCUCUAAGGCGACACCUGUUACCACAACAAUUAAUGAAAUGGUUGCUACAAACUUAACUAAGCUUCCGCUACAAUAUCAGGAUUUUGCAGAUGUCUGUGAUAAGAAGAAUGCUGAUCAGCUUCCACCUCACAGGCCUUAUGAUUGCCCCAUAGAGCUGCUACCUGGAGCUGCUAUCCCAUUUGGCCGUAUAUACUCCCUUUCUGAGCCUGAAUUGAAAGCCUUCGUGAAUACAUACAAGAAAAUCUUGCCAAAGGCUUUAUUCGACCAUCCACUUCUCCAGCAGGAGCUCCUAUAUUCUUUGUAGAAAAGAAAGAUGGCAGUCUACGACCAUGUGUCGAUUACAGGGACAUUAAUAAAAUCACUGUUAAAAACCGUUAUCCCUUGCCUCUCAUUCCUGAACUUCUGGAGAGACUUCGUUCAGCUAAAAUAUUUACGAAGCUUGAUCUACGGGGGGCAUAUAAUCUGGUUCGCAUAAGACCAAAUGAUGAAUGGAAAACAGCUUUCAGAACCAGGUACGGACAUUACGAAUAUCUAGUAAUGCCAUUUGGGCUUUGUAAUGCCCCUGCAACUUUUCAGCAUCUAAUCAAUGAUGUACUACGGGAUCUCCUGGAUCAGUUUGUUGUGGCAUAUUUGGAUGAUAUCCUGAUAUUUUCUGAUAAUCUUGAAAAUCACAGAAAACAGGUCUGCAUUGUUCUUGAGCGCCUUCGUACCCACCACCUAUACAUUAAACUGGAAAAAUGUGAGUUUGAACAAACAGAAAUUCAGUUCCUGGGGUAUGUAAUAACUCCUAAAGGUUUAAGUAUGGACGCAAGUAAAAUUAAAGCUGUGCUGGACUGGCCCAUCCCCAAGAAUGAAAAAGAUAUACAGAGAUUUGUGGGGUUUGCCAAUUUUUACAGGCGUUUCAUUAAGAAUUUCUCUGCCGUUAUUACACCGAUCACUGAACUUACACGUAAAGGGACUCCUUUUCAGUGGUCCAAUAAGGCUGACACUGCAUUUUCCAGAUUAAAGACUCUGUUUACAUCUGCCCCUAUCUUGGUACAUCCUCAGCCAGAAUUGCCAUUUACUGUAGAGGUAGAUGCUUCUGAUUCAGCUGUUGGGGCUAUACUAUCUCAAAGGACUGGACCUAAGAUGUUGUUACAUCCAUGUGCCUUCUAUUCCCUCCAGAUGUUACCAGCAGAAAGAAAUUAUGACAUAGGGAAUAAAGAACUUUUGGCUAUAAAAGCUGCCUUCACCGAAUGGAGACAUCUCUUGGAGGGAGCCACCCAUCCAAUUACUGUCCUCACAGAUCACAAAAAUCUGGAAUGUAUCCAAUCCGCUAAGAGACUGUCAGCCAGACAAGCACGCUGGUCCCUAUUCUUCUCAAGGUUUAAUUUUUUUAUUUCAUACCGCCCUGGUUCCAGAAAUGGCAAGGCGGAUGCCUUGUCUAGGAUAGCUGACCCCCUCCAUACUACAGUAACCAAGGCCACCAUCUUGCCGGAGAGCAGAUUUUUAGGAGUUACCUUUCCUUCUGAUCUAAUGUCUCGCAUUAUAAAGGGCUACUCUAAAGAUCCAGUUUUUCGUGAUCCUCCUCGUGAUCUUCAUAUGACCAUGCUUAAUGGGUUUUGGAUUUUUCAACAACGUCUGUUUGUUCCAGAAUCAGUGCGACUGGACGUUUUACGCCUCUACCAUGACUCUAAACCAACAGGUCAUCCAGGAAUCCGAAAGACACAAGAACUACUUACCCGAUCCUUUUGGUGGCCUAAAUAUUAUGAGGAUGUUAAGAAGUAUGUGUCCUCUUGUGAUGUAUGUGCCAGACAUAAGACUCCUCGCUCAUCCCCUGUUGGCUUGCUUCAGCCUCUUCCGAUUCCUCAUCGCCCCUGGGGAUCUAUAUCCAUGGACUUUAUUGUGGAACUACCUCCCUCUAAGGAACACACUACUAUUCUUGUUGUUGUGGACUGGUUAACCAAGAUGAGUCAUUUCAUACCAGCUCGUGGUCUCCCUUCAGCUAAACAGACUGCUGACCUUGUUAUUCGGGAAAUAUUUCGCUUGCAUGGAGUGCCUGAUGAAGUAAUUUCUGACAGGGGAGUGCAGUUUACAUCUCAUUUUUGGAAAUAUUUUUGUUCUAUUCUAGGUAUUAAUGUAAAUCUGUCUUCAGCUUUUCAUCCACAAAGUAAUGGAUAGACUGAGCGAACCAACCAGACUUUAGAACAAUAUUUGCGGUGCUAUAUUAGUUACCUGCAGGAUGACUGGCUGGAUUUUCUACCCACGGCGGAGUUUGCCUAUAACAAUGCCCAACACUGCUCCACUUCUCUGAGCCCAUUUUUUGCCAAUUAUGGUUACCAUCCAACCUUUCUAGUGAGUCUCCCAAUUACUACUCCCAUUCCUGCAGUCACUGACCGGCUAACCGCCUUACGAGAUUCCCAAGAACUGUUGAAGGAGACUCUUUCGGAGGCUCAGGAAUGUUACAAAAGAGCUGCUGAUAGGCACAGAAAGGAGGCCCCAGUUUAUCAUGUUGGUGACAAGGUUUGGCUGUCAACAAAGAAUCUUAAGCUUAGGAUUCCUUCUCAUAAAUUGGGUCAAAAGUUCAUGGGACCUUUUAAGAUAAUUGCUCAGAUCAAUGCAGUCACCUUCCGUCUGCAACUUCCGGAUUCCAUGAAAAUACAUCCGGUGUUUCACGUGGCACUGCUUAAACCUUUUCAUGAAAAUACUUUCCCUGGUCGAGCCUUGCCUGCCCCACCACCAGUCCUCGUGGAUGGUGAAGAUGAAUACGAGGUGGAAAAAAUUCUUGACUCCAGGAUCUUCCGCAACAAGCUUCAAUACUUGGUUCAUUGGAAAGGCUAUGGUGAGGAGGAUAGAUCAUGGGAACCAGUGGACAAUAUUCAUGCUCCUGAUCUUCUUCAGUCUUUCCAUGCACAGUACCCUGCUAAACCAGGAAAUAGGGCAUCCAGAGGCUGCGCCUGUAGAGGUGGAGGUAAUGUGAGGAACUGACUCUGCUGGGUUUCGAACCCUGGUUUACAUGGUGCUAAACCUUUUCAUUACCAGUACACCAGCCUGCCUUUUGCAAAUUUACCUGAGAUCUGAUACCAUUGCUUGUAGAGUCAAGGUUAUCAGUGACAACUCACUUCAGCUGUGUCUAGUCAGGUGUCUGGUUCUUGGCCUAUAAAAGCCACUUCCUGUCUCUGUACCUUUGCCAGAUUAUUGUGGUUCCUGUACUCUCUAAUCCAGCGUGUUCCUGUUUCUCCUUCCUGUUGCUGAAUUUGGACUGUUUUGACUUUGCUGCUUCUCCUUCCCACUGACCUCGGCUUGCCUCACUACGAUUAUCAUCUUUCUGUUCCAGUCUCCCAUCUCUGCUUAAGACCAGAAGGCCACUCAAGGCUCAGGGGCUCAACCACCUGGGUAACGAGUGGCUACCUCUGGCAGAAAACAUUGCUGAUUUGGCUACUGGACUCCAAAACUUUGUAACAUCAAUAUCAUUACAGGCCCUGUUGUUCACUGGAACGUCUUAAAUUCCUGCAAGAUGUUUCAGCGCACAUCAGUUGGUCAGUAAGGAAAGCAGAACUCCCACCCCCUUCUGAAGCUGAAUCACUGCUGCUGUGUACAGACACGUAAGAGUGCAGAGGGUGGAAGAGAAUGGGAUAGUGAGGAUGGGAGGAGGGAAUUGGGUAAUGAGCAUGGGAGUAAUUGCCCAGCACAUGAAGCUGGGAACUCACUAAACCCAGUGCGUACCAGCAGGCUGCGGAUGAUAGUAAUGUGAUUACCACACUCCUAUCUUUCAAAGACGCACAAUCACUAAUAGCGAUCGCGUCUCUUUAAAACAAGGUAGCAGCGGGUAGACACACUGAUCCCAAUCUGCACCGGCUGUCUGGACACGAGCACUUCUAUCAUUUAAAGCGUGUGAUUAAUAAAAGCAAUUGCUUUGGAAGACGCUGUCGCUGCGAGGAGAUCCAGGAGACCUGGUGAAAGAAUGUCUAGCUUCACAGUGUAUCCCAAACUCUUUAAGUGUGGAUGGAAAGUUGCCAUAGGACCUGCUUGCAGUAAAUAAAGGGUACAUUUUUUUUUUCCACUUCGUCAUGUUUAGAUCAUAUAUUUAAACAUUUUGAGGUGUGAAAUAUCCCAAGAUGCAAAACCACAUAAACCUGAGGAAAACAAGAAAGGCAGACUGUGAGCUGGUCAUUUAUUCAAUUGGGGAGUAAUGCCACACAGAAAUAUAUGAAUAUAUUGUGACAAGCAACGCUUACCCUGGACGUUUGCCACAAACUCCUGGAGGAGUGUGAAAGCUGGCCUCCUGCCCACCGAUUAUGGGACUUAUACAAUAUGACCAACUCAACUCAAUAUUUUCCCUUCAUUUGGCAAGACACUUCUCCAGUUCGGCAGUUACACUCUACCUAACACCAAUAACCCCCUGGAUCAUUAACUACAAAGAAACCACAGACUUAAUUGCUCACCCUGUGCUGGAGAAAAUGGCAGCCAUCUUGUCGCACGAAUGCAGGAAGCGGGACUUGGUUGUCGAGUGUCUGGAACUAUAAGUCAGAGUUUUUUUGCAGUAAACACUGUCUAGGGAUAGCUCCACUGGCCACUCCUCAGAUGGCUGCUAGAGGUGCUUCCUGGGGCAGUGCUGCACAUUGUGCAGAACUGAUAGUCAGUGUGUCCACCCUCUGCAUGGGGAAGCAGAACUUUCCUCAUAGAGAUACAUUGAUUCUAUGCAUCUCUAUAAUGAGAUGCUGAUUGGCCAAGGCUGUGUUUGGCUUGUGCUGCCUCUGCCCCUGAUUUGCCUCCUUGACAGUCUCAGACAAUCCUAUGGAAAAGCAUUGUGAUUGGCUCAGAGAAUCACUUUGAUGAUGUCAGCCAAACAGGCAGAUCAGGGGCAGAGCCAGCAGCAGCAGAAUGGAAUACAGGCAUUACUAUAUUAAGGGAGGCAAGGGGGUGGGGGGGGGGACGACAACUGUUGGCUAGAUGGUGGUUUUAACACUAUAAGGUCAGUAAUACAUGUUUGUGUUCCUGACCCUAUAAUGUUCCUUAAAAAAGGAAAAACAUACUGUCCGUGAUCUGAAUACCUUUUAGAAACGUCUGUGUGUUUACAUAUUUUAACUGUUUAAAUUCUGGCCUGCACACAUAACAUGGUUUUAGAGGGAACACUGCACACUCGGCCCUCAUCAGACAGAGCUUCCCACAAAUCCCACAUAGGGAGUUCAGAAAGGUUCCAGUCAGUUAAGAAAGGUUUAAUUGAUUUGGCUACAAAUUAUCACUGAUAACGGGACUAUUCACUAAAAUGGUGAAUUAAUCUAAAUAAUACUUCAAAGCAGAACAGCCCAUGAAGUUCUGGUCCACUUCUUUGCUCUGCUAGCCCAUUCCUUGCUCCACUCCAUUCUUAAUUCACUAGUCACCCAACUAGACCCAACAAUAUUUUUCUAAUUAUAAAAAUCCAGUCCUUAUGGUUUAUGAUUAAUACAGUGAGGGGAAAAAGUAUUUGAUCCCCUGCUGAUUUUGAACUUUUACCCACUGACAAAGAAAUGAUCAGUCUAUUAUUUUAAUGGUUGAUGUAUUUUAACAGUGAGAGACAGAAUAACAAAAAAAAAAAUAUAUAUAUAUAUAUAUAAAUCCAGAAAAACGCAUGUAAAAAAUAUAUGUAAAUUGAUUUGCAUGUCAAUGAGUGAAAUAAGUAUUUGAUCCCCUAUCAUUAGGAUUUCUGGCUCCCAGGUGACUUUUAUACAGGUAACGAGCUGAGAUUAAUAGCACUCUCUUAAAGGGAGUAUUCCUAAUCUCAGCUUGUUACCUGAAUAAAAGACACCUGUCCACAGAAGCAAUCAAUCAGAUUCCAAACUCUCCACCAUGGCCUUGUCAGGGGUGGUGGUAUGGAAACUGGGACCCCUGAGUGCAUGAUGAUAAGUGGGAGUCUUCAGCAUGGAAGUGGAUUAUCAGGGCCUGGUACAGGGCAACCGCACGCCCCCUGGUGUUGAGCACCAGCGUUUGUGCAGCCACAUACCAGAACCCUGAUGCAGUUUAUGCGGAUCCCAGGAACUAGGAGCUUGGAAUUAAGCAGACCUCCCAGGAGCUGAAUAGGGAGGCUGUGCAGCAGGAGUGUAUCCAGUACUGAAGCAAGGCAAGACUAGAGAUAGGCACCAUACAUGAAAACAAGACUAAACUAGGAGAGCCCAGAACCAGAGAAGGAUAGGAAGCUAAACCCAGAACACGUACACAAUACAGAAGGGAACAUUAACUAAACAGGGACAGGACAGGACUGUACAUGGACUGGGGUAACAAAAUAAAAGACAAGAUAUAAUCAGGGCCGGACUGGCCCACCGGGAUACCGGGAAAUUUCCCGGUGGGCCGCGGCACCAGGGGGCCGGCCGCGUUCCUGGGCCGGUCCUUUAAAAUACUGCAGCCGCCCGAGCGCUCUGUUAAGAGCCUCAGGCGGCUGCAGCUUCUCCCCUCCCUCCCCUGUAGCGUGGCCGAGCUGCACUCCGGUCCGCGGUGGCCGGCCGUCCGGAGUGAUAGGAAGGGGCACACUGAGUGUGCACUUCCUGUCAGUCCGGCCGGUGACAGGAAACAGAAACCCCGCGCGGAACAGGAGUUUCUGUUUCCUGUAACCGGCCGGACUGACAGGAAGUGCACACUCAGUGUGCACCUUCCUAUCACUCCGGCCGGCCACCGCGGACCGGAGUGCAGCUCGGCCACGCUACAGGGGAGGGGGUAAGAAGAGAGGGAGGAGGGGGGGUAAGAAGAGAGGGAGGAGGGGGGUAAGAAGAGAGGGGAGGAGGGGGGUGAAGAAGAGAGGGGGGGGUAAGAAGAGAGGGAGUGAGGGGGGGGUAAGAAGAGAGGGAGGAGGGGGGGGUUAAGAAGAGAGGAGGAGGGGGUAAGAAGAGAGGGAGGAGGGGGAAUAAAAGAGGGGGGGAAUAAGAUGAGGGGAGGGGGGGAAUAAGAUGAGGGAGGGGAAUAAGAAGAGGGGAGGGGGGAAUAAGAAGAGGGGAGGGAGGGGAAUAAGAAGAGGGGAGGGAGGGGAAUAAGAAGAGGGGAGGGGGGAUAAGAUGGGGGGGAAUAAAAAGAGGGGAGGAAUAAGAAGAGGGGAGGGAGGGGAAUAAGAAGAGGGGAGGGAGGAAUAAGAAGAAGGGGCAGCUCUAUAGGACAGGGGCCAAGACAGGGAGCUCUUUCACACUACGCGCGCACACACACACAAUGCAUCCCUAUACAUACACAGAAACACAACAUGCUUCCCUUACACACAGAGAAACACACAAUGCAUCCAUUACACACACACACACACAUGCAACCCUUACACACAAAGACAAUGCAUCCUUUGCACACAUACACAGAAACAGACAAUGCAAACCCGUACACACGCAUGCAAACACACACACUUCUUUUCUUACAUACACACAGAAACACAAUGCAUCUCAUGCACACACAUACAGACACACACCUUGCAUCCCUUAUGCAUACAAACACAGAUUCACACAAAGCAUCCCUUACACACAACCAGAAACACAUAAUACAUCCCUUAUACACAAAUACACACUGCUUCCACUACACACAAACACACUGCAUCACCUGCACAAACUGGUAACCCUAAACACUACAUACCAUAAGCACACAUAUUAGAUCCUCUACAAUAACACAUAACACAUCCCCUACACACUCCACUCCCUGUGAGCGAACUCAUGGGUGGGUGGAACUUAUGAGUGGGCCUUAUGGGCAUACUCACCGUCAGGCCCUGGGGCCCAGACCUUGAGCUGUGUAAGGGGCCCCAAAAAAUUGAGCUGCUUCCAAUUCUCCCAGAACAUUGAAUUUUGUGACCACAGUUGCAAACAGCCUCCAGAGAUCCUGUUCUACACCAGACCAGUGGAGCCAAACUGCAGCCCAUCAUCAUCCUCAUCUGCUUGUAAGUAGGCAAUCUAGUAUAUUAUUAGUGACACUAAUCUAUAAUUUACCUCACAUUAAAGGGACACUAUAGCUUAAUGAAGUGGUUCUGGUGUCUAUAGCUGGUCCCUGCAGGCUUUUUAAUGUAAACACACACUGUGUGCAGCACUGGCGUUAGUUCAUAUGGCAGAUCAUAUGGGUGGGGCAUUGUGAUGUGACAUGUGGGGGCAGCAAAUUUUUAUUUUGUCUAGGGCGGCAAAAAUCCUUGCACCGGCUCUGAUCCUGGGCAGGUGCACCAGUCUACUUGACUGGUUUUGCCCCCCAGGCCUAAGGCUGCCAGCCCUCCCCUGGCCGCUGGGGAGGUCUUUUGGCGGCCGCUGGCGGACUUGUCCUGGCGGCCGCUGAGGGAGCUGCGCGAGCUGCGCUGGCUCUGCUCCCCAGCACGCAGCUGAAUGAGACCGGCGCCGGAAUAUGACGUCAUAUUCCGGCGCCAGUCUCAUUCAGCAGCGCGCGAGGGCGGGAGGUCACUAACACAGGAAGCACCUCUAGUGACCGUCUGAGUGACUGUCACUAGCAAUGUCACUUUGAAGCAAUGUAAACACUGCCUUUUCUCUGAAAAGUCAGUGUUUACGUUGAAAAGCCUGUAGCGACAUGCUAUAGACACCAGUACCACCACAUUAAGCUGUGUGUGCGUCUGCUAGUGAGUGAGCUUGCUUGCAUGCGUGUGCCUGCUAGUGAGUGAGCUUGUGUUUUUAUGUCAAUGAGCUGAUGUAUAUCAGUAAGAUUGUUUGUCUAUGAGGCUGUGUAUCAAUGAGCUUGUGUGUGUCACUGACAAUUGCCUGUGUCUGCAUGUGCGUAUGCUUACUGUAUAAUUAAACGUUUUACCCUGAAAGGACCAAUAUUUUAUAUUAGAAAAAGCAAUAUAUAUAUAUUUUUAUAUAUAUAUAUAUUACUCAAUUAUCUGUCCUGGCAAGACAUAGCCUUACAUAUUACACGCGACAAUAUAUGGCACAGUGACUUAUGGGGCUGGCACAAAUUUUUUUUCCAGGGCUGCUUUGUAUGCCCAGUCCAGCCCUGGAUAUAAUAGGCAAAACAAGAGGAGACAUAACUAAGCACUAUAUAUGAAAAGUAUGGGGAUUUAGUUACAUUAUAUGAUCAUACAUUGCAUAAGCCUGCCACAACGCCAAUGUACCCCAUAUCUGGCAGGUCCUACACUGCCUAAUGUAUACUAAAAGAACCAUAAGAAACACAUAUAUAGCACUUACCUGCAAGAAAGGGCAGAGACUUGAAACACUGCUGCAGGUCCAGACUGAAACAAAAGGAAAGUGGAAAACAAACAGGUGUGGCAACAUAAAACAAACAUUUAAAGGAAACCUGGACACUGGGAAUUCCAGGGACGGAUUACAGGAAUGAACCCAGCAUAAAGAAAACCAGACAUAGAAUAGAAAACCAAAAAAACCAAGAAAAACUAAACAAGAAAGGUAAAAAGAGUACUGGAUACCAGAAGUCAAAGCCAGACAUCUCCGCAGAACAUGGCAUGAUGUGACAGGCCAAGACCAAAGAGCUGUCCAAGGAUGUCAGGGACAAGAUUGUAGACCUACACAAGGCUAGAAUGGGCUACAAGACCAUCGCCAAGCAGCUUGGUGAGGUGACAACAGUUGGUGCGAUUAUUCACAAAUGGAAGAAACACAAAAAAUAACUGUAAGUCUUCUUCGGUCUAGUGCUCCAUGCAAGAUCUCACCUUGUGGAGUUUCAAUGAUCAUGAGAACGGUGAGGAAUCAGCCCAGAACUACACGGGAGGAUCUUGUUAAUGAUCUCAAGGCAGCUGGGUCCAUCUGCUCAAGAAAGUCCAUGUACAGGCCUGUCUGAAGUUUGCCAAUGAAGAUCUGAAUGAUUCAGAGGAAAACUAGGUGAAAGUGUUGUGGUCAGAUGAGACCAAAAUCAAGCUCUCUGGCAUCAACUCAACUUGCCAUGUUUGGAGAAGGAGCAAUGCUGCCUAUGACCCCAAGAACACCAUCCCCACCAUCAAACAUUGUUAGAGUAUUUAUAUCGGCAGACAUCUUGUGCUAUGAUAGAAAUUAAAAGUGUAUAUGCUGAGUCACUUUUGAACAGAGCAGACUCCAUUUUGUUUUUUCCAAGCUAACAAAAGACACAAGAUUUCUAUCUGUAAAACUAACCACUUUCCCAGAGCUAAAGGAAUGCAUAGUAUAUACAAACCAAGUGAUAAGGAGAACGGGGGUUGGACAGACUGUCUAAAAUGUUAAUGGAAUAGAUGCAUAUCUAAACACAGACAUUUGUGACAGAGGAGAUUAAAUAAUAAAAUUUUACUUUCUAUAUGUACAAGGUCCCAUUGUAAGUUACGGGUCAAAACUCAGAAUUUGCCAGACACAUAGUCAGUUGAGAAAAAGGAUAAAUUAGUCAUUUAUUACACGUGAGUUUACAGAGGAAGAGGUUCUAUUUCAACUGUCAAAAGUAAAGACAAAUAAGUCAAUGGGACCUGAUGGAAUACACCCAAAGCUAUUAAAGGAGCUUAGUGGUGUACUAGCAAAACCAUUAACAGAUUUAUUUAACCAAUCAUUAACAGGAGUAGUCCCAGAAGAUUGGAAGUUAGCGAAUGUUGUGCCCAUUUACAAGAAAGGUAAUAGGGAGGAGUCGGGCAACUAUAGGCCAGUAAGCCUUACUUCAGUAGUGGGGAAAGUGAUGGAAACCAUGUUAAAGGAUAGGAUUGAUGAACACCUAAAAACACAUGGAUUUCAAGAUCAGAGACAACAUGGGUUUACUUCAGGGAGAUCAUGCCAAACUAAUCUUAUUGAUUUUUUUGAUUGGUAACUAAAAUUAUAGAUCAGGGUGGUGCAGUAGACAUUGCUUACCUAGAUUUCAGUAAGGCUUUUGACACUGUUACACAUAGGAGGCUUAUCAAUAAACUGCAAUCUUUAAGUUUGGAUUCCAAUAUUGUUGAAUGGGUAAGGCAGUGGCUGAGUGACAGGCAACAGAGGGUUGUAGUUAAUGGAAUAUAUUUGAAGCUUGGACUUGUCACCAGUGGGGUACCUCAGGGAUCUGUACAUGGACCCAUUCUCUUUAACAUUUUUAUUAGUGAUAUUGCAGAAGUUCUUGAUGGUAAGGUAUGUCUUUUUGCUGAUGAUACUAAGAUAUGUAACAGGAUUAAUGUUCAGGAGGGAUAAGCCAAAUGACAAAUGAUUUAGGUAAACUAGAAAAAUGGUCAGAAUUGUGGCAACUGACAUUUAAUGUGGAUAAGUGCAAGAUAAUGCAUCUUGGACGUAAAAACCCAAGGGCAGGGUACAGAAUAUUUGAUAGAGUCCUAACCUCAACAUAUGAGGAAAGGGAUUUAGGGGUGAUUAUUUCUGAUGACUUAAAGGUAGGCAGACAAUUUAAUAGAGCAGCAGGAAAUGCUAGCAGAAUGCUUGGUUGUAUAGGGAGGAGGUAUUAGCAGUAGAAGAGGGAAGUGCUUUCAUGCCAUUAUACAGAACACUGGUGAGACCUCACUUAGCAGGUAUUGGCACACAGUACUGGAACCCGUAUCUUCAGAGGAUAUUGUUAUUACCUUAGAGAGGGGUUCAAGAGGGCUACUAAACUGGUUCAUGGAUUCUUGGGAUAAAACUUACCAGGAAGGAAGGUUAAAGGAUCUUAACAUGUAUAGCUUAGGAGGAAAAGAAAUGAGACAGGGGAUAUGAUAAACAUUUAAAUAUAUAAAGGAAUCCAACCUGAUAAAAGGAGGGAGACUAUAUGUUUUAAAGAAGAAAAACUACAACAAGAGGACAUAGUCUUAAAUUAGAGGGGCAAAGGUUUAAAACUAAUAUCAGGAAGUAUUACUUUACUGAGAGGGUAGUGGAUGCAUGGAAUAGCCUUCCAGCUGGAGUGGUAGAGGUUAACACAGUAAAGGAGUUUAAGCAUGCGUGGGAUAGGCAUAAGGCUAUCCUAACUAUAAGAUAAGGCUAGGGACUAAUGAAGGUUUUAAAUAGAUAGUCUGCCGUCACAUUCUAUGUUUCUAUGUUUCUAUGUUUAUAUAUGUAAUUGUUUCUAUCAUAUCCCCCCUGUCUCGUCUUUCCUCCAAGCUAUACAUGUUAAGAUCCUUUAACCUUUCCUGGUAAGUUUUAUCCCGCAAUCCAUGAACCAGUUUAGUAGCCCUUCUCUGAACUCUCUAAAGUAUCAAUAUCCUUCUGAAGAUACGGUCUACCAGUACUGUGUACAAUACUCCAAGUGAGGUCUCACCAGUGUUCUGUACAAUGGCAUGAGCACUUCCCUCUUUCUACUGCUGAUACCUCUCCCUAUACAACCAAGCAUUCUGCUAGCAUUUCCUGCUGCUCUAUUACAUUGUCUGCCUACCUUUAAGUCAUCAGAAAUAACCACCCCUAAAUCCCUUUCCUCACAUGUUGAGUUUAGGACUCCGCCCUUGGGUUUUUAUGUCCAAGAUGCAUUAUCUUGCACUUAUCCACAUUAAAUGUCAGUUGCCACAACUCUGAUAUGGGUCUUUACAGUCGCUGACCUGGCCCAUAGUCGGUGGGCAAGAGGCCAGCUCCCACACUCCUCCAGGAGUCCGUGGCAAACGUCUGUGGAAAGUGGCGUUUAUCACAGUCAAGUAGAGUAUGAUUGUCUUCACUGUAUACCUCAACCCUACAAACUCAGUAUAUGCAUUAUAGACAGCAGCUUAGCCGAUUUAAUUUCAACCUGUUGCAGACUAUUGGUUCACUAUGUUUCCAGUUACACUGAAUCAUUUACACUUUGAACGUUGUCUUAUGCUUUAUAAUCAGUGACAUUAGAGGAUAUGUACUCACAUCCCGAACAUUACACUCCACUGGUAGAAAACUCCUACCGGUUACAACCUCAUCUUCCCGAAUCUGAAACUGAAGAACAAGAUGGCUGAUAUCAUUUCCCAUGUUUUCUGCUUGUCAGGAGCAAAUCGUAACGACUGUUUCAUGAUGUUUGUAUAAUAAAUUGUCAGUGAUGCAUUGUGCGUGCUUGUGGGAGCAGAAGAUCCAUUUCAAGAAUCUUUCACAAAGAAAACGUCAUUUCAAGUACACCGCUUAAUAACCGUAUGUCAGGGGCUGUCAAGAAUAUUGAAAUAUAUCUGUAACUGAAACAAAUGACUAAAACUAUAGGCAGCAGGUAAUAGCUACAGAACAAUAAACAGGUGCAGGACUAAAGGAGUGAAACCGCCGCUUAGUAGAGCUUCCCUUUUCAGGGAUACAGGCACGACUACUUUAGAACCCUAAACUCCCGAACUGGAACCAGGGGAAUGCUCCUAACUCCCGAACAGCGUACCAGUAAUACUUCAAACUCCCGAACAGUAAUUCCACGAAUCGCUGCUAACAGACGAACAGACACAGCAUCCAAGUGGCUCACAUUCCCAGCAGUCAGUCUCUAUCCGUGUAUAGUAAAUCCACCCCCAAUCACGAGACCAAGCUCCGCAUUGAGGGUAAAACAAGAUCUGGCUUUAAUGAAGGCUACCUGCCCGUAUUUAUGCAGGUCUCCUACUUGGUGGACACUCCCCUAGGGGACCAAAUGGGAGACUGUAACAAAGGACAGACAGGUUUCAGAUCAGGACACACAGUCACAAUACAUCCCCACAAUGCACCCUGGCUUCCUCCUCUCUGCCCUGGAGAUAAUUGAGAAGUAAUUCAAUUAUCUCCCAAGACAAAGGGAAAUCGCCAUUAUACACGUGGGGACACCAGAAUAGAAAUUACUGUUAAAAUAUACAGUGUCACAAAUGUCACAAUAAAUACAGACAUAUAACAUACCCCUCAGGUCUGAGCGCACAUUAUUAGGUGAAUGGCGCUCAGACCACGCAAAUACAGUUUAAUCGCCAUGGAGCCAAAGUCUUUAAUUCCACGAACAGGCUCCAUGGCAUGCUAUCUGGGUACCCUCACAUGUAAUACAGUAUAAGACAUAAAGUCCCGAAUGCUCCGCUGUUCGGUUCAAGAACGGAGCUGAAGACCCGUAGGCUGGUAGUUCAGCGGUGCUUGGGAGGAAAAGUGCGCGCUUUUGGUGUACUGAUGCUGGGCAUAGCACUGCUGGCUGUCCGGGGGAGCUUCCAUAACACCGCCACCGUGUGGCGGCUAUGUGUAACCGCGACCACCCAGUAACAGUUAAUUAAGCUGCGGUUACCCGCAGAUACUGGGUGGUCAAUUGACUACACACGCCAGCUUCCCGGUGGUCGCGUAUUCGGUAGUCUUUCGGGAAACAAUACGGGGAAACAGGGUGUGACAGAACCAUCUGUCUACUUAUUUCAGGUGGAUUCGUCUAUUUCUGCCCCCUUUCGUGUAAACGGCUGUUUCUAUAGCCCAGCCAUACGAAUGACUGUUUUUCCCGAACAAACCUACCGAACGGACGGCCACCCAAGAGAGAAGUGUGCUGCUGGUUAACCUAUUGAUCCCAAUUAGAACGUUGUGGUUAACCGCAGACACUUCUCAAUUAAACCAAAUUCAGGGUGGUCGUCGUUCGUAUGUUGACCACGAGGCAGCGGCCAUUUUAAACCACGCGAAAGCCCAGCGGUGUUUGGCUCUAUUUCUAUGGAACUAAAAACUGACACUUUUUCUGCCGAACACCGCUGAAACAACGGAACGCCUGGCUGCCUCCACGAAAGCAUACGAAUACCGGCCGUUCGGGAGCUUUGAAGCAUACGAAAGGACUUAACCCAGAUAGCCUUCCCAUGGAGUCAUUCGUAUACCGAAAGACUGUAAGAACUUUGACUCCAUGGCGAUUGAACUAUGUGUGGGAUCUGAGCGCUAUUCGCUAAUAAUAUGCACUCAGAUCCAGGCUAUCUGGGGAUAUGUGAUACGAAUGGGAAAUGUUCAGUUAUUUCAAAGUUAUGUAUUUUUAUGUCUUUUAUGAUUUUAUAUUUAAAAUGGCGACUGGCUUUGUCCUGGAGAUAAUUGAGUUACUUGGUAAUUAUCUCCAGGGCAGAGGGGAGGGAAUCAUAGUGCAUUGUGGGUAAAAACUGUGACUGUGUGUCUGGAAUGUCCCCAUAUCUGUCUGUCAUUUAAGUCUCCCAUUUGGUCCCCUAGGGGAGUGUCCACCAAGUGGGAGACCUGCAUAAAUGCGGGCAGGUAGCCCACAGUAAAGCCAGAUCCUGUUUGACCCUCAAUGCGGAGCUUCUGUCUCGUUACUGGGGGGAUUUCUUCUUCACGUUUAGAGACUGCUGGAUGGAAAUGAAAGCCGCUUGGUGGAUGUUAUUGUUCGGCAGCUAGCAGCAGUUCGUGUAUUGCCGUUCGGGAGUUUGGAGCCGUUCACGGAUCCCGGUCGGGAGAUUGCCGCUUCCCCUGCAUUUGGUUCGUGCACUACAGGUUAGGCGAACGGAGUUACUGAUAUUGCAGACGGGGAAGGUCUACUAAACGGAGGUUUUGCCUAAAGACACUGGAGGUGUCUUAACACAGGGGGACUGUACGGGCAAAGAAAUAACCGAACAAACAGACGAAUGGAGGGAGGAGAAACAUAAUCCAAAGACAGACGGUUCUGUCACAGUGUACAUAUGAGAUGGGAACAGAGAAGCUCCAAUGGCCAAAAGAAACACUGUAAGUACCAUAACUACUACUUCUCAUUGGAGUUCCCUGCCGCUGUCCCACCGUCCAGUGUUAAACCAUUUUCAAUCAGUUUAAUACUGAAUGAGGGUCCCAGUUCACCCAUAGCUUUGCUUUAAUCUGAAUUGCAACGUAAAGGCUACAAUAGCCGAGCUGUGUAACUGUAGAAGAGUUGGAAAAUUUCUACAUAUCGGCUAAUUUAGUCUGACAUUUGUCAUUUAGGUUUCUUCUUACUGCAGCUCUUAUAUUGGUAAAUAAACUCUAUAAAUAUCAGACUGGCAGAAAACUCCAGGCAUGGAGUGGAUGGUGUUGCCAGUUCUGGAGUGAGAGCUGUGCGGAAUGGGCACUCUUCAGUGAAAUGUUACAAAAGACGUUGAAGCUGUCCAUGAAAGGGAACACUAGAAUGGCAGCAAUACCAAAAAUACCAACAAUACUUUAAGGAGGAUUGUUCAACGACAAUGCAAGGGAUACAAAGGAAACCAGUGUAAAUCUCAUUCCUCCCAACAAGAAAUAUGUACGAAAGGACAUGUCAGCUACAGACGCCAUGGUAGUGAUAUGGGGUGUCUCUUUUCCCAUAAAAAAUACGUUAGGUCUGCACACGUGCAAGCCAAGCUGAAAGCCUACUUCUUGCUAAUUGACCAUAUUUAUAUUCUUGCAAUGGUAAUUAUUUUAAUUACAGAACAAACACAGUCAGUCUGUAUAGAUGCACUUUGUCUCUGUACAUGCAGCUUACCAUCUAAGUCCCUCUAACUAGUCUUCAUAUCCAUGGCUAAACACUCUUCUGUUCUGUUUUAAGUGCUGGGUGUGCUGUGUCCCUGUCCCCUUAACUCAGCAGUGUAAAAACGACCAAGCAGUUUCAGAGAAAAUGUAAUGUUUACAUUGCAGGGCUGAGACAGCCUCUAAUGGUUAUCUUCCAGACACUAAAGGUGCUUCCUGGUCUCUAACCGAGUUAACCGUCUUCAAAUUCCCCAUAAGAAAGCAUUAAUUCAAUGGCUAUUCAAUGGGGUAUUCUGGAUAUUGGGCUAUUCUGGUAUUCUGGAUAAUGGGGUAUUCUGGUAUUCUGGAUACUGGGCUACUCUGGUAUUCUAUAUAAUGGGGUAUUCUGGAUAUUGGGCUACUCUGGUAUUCUAUAUAAUGGGGAAUUCUGGAUAUUGGGGUAUUCUGGUAUUUUGGAUAUAUGGGUAUUCUGGAUGAUGGGGUAUUCUGGUAUUCUGGAUAUUGGGGUAUUCUGAUAUUCUGGAUAAUGGGGUUGUUAAGACACCCCUGGUGUCUUUAAGGGAAACCACCGCUUAGUUAACCUUCCCCUUUCGCAAUAUCAAUAACUCCGUUCGCAUAGACUGCGGUAUACGAACCACCAUCAGGGGAAGUGGUAAUCUCCUGAACGGCAUCCGUAAGAGGCUCCAAACUCCCGAACAGAAAUCCACGAAUCUCCGCUAGCCGCCGAACAAGUAUAUCCACAAAGCGGCUUUCGGCUCCAGCAAUCAGUCUCUAGUCGUCGGUAAUAAAUCCCCCCAAUAACGAGACCAAGCUCCGCAUUGCGGGUCAAACAGGAUCUGGCUUUACUGUGGGCUACCCACCCGUAUUUAUGCAGGUCUCCCACUUGGUGGACAGCCCCCCAAGGGGACCAAAUGGGACACUAUAAUGACAGAUGGACAUGGGGACAUUUCGGACAUACAGAUACAAACUUCCCACAAUGCAGUAUGGUUUCCUCCCUUCUGCCCUGGAGAUAAUUGAGAAGUAAUUCAAUUAUCUCCAGGACAAAGACAAAUCGCCAUCUUAAAUAAAAUACCAGAAAACACACAAAAAUAUAUAAUUUCACAACCACCGAACACUCUGCAUUCGUAUCACAUAUCCCCAGAUAGCCUGGAUCUGAGUGCAUAUUAUUAGCGAAUAGCGCUCAGAUCCUAUAUGCAUAGUUCAAUCGCCAUGGAGUCAAAGUUCUUACAGUCUUUCGGUAUGCGAUUGACUCCAUGGGAAGGCUAUCUGGGUUAAGUCUUUUUGUGUGAUUCCAAACUCCCGAACGGCCGGUGUUCGCAUGCUUUCGUUGAUGGAGCAGGGCGACCCGUUGUUUCAGCGGUGUUUGGCAUUUUCCAUGAAAUCAAUGCCAAACACCGCUGGUCUUUCGUGCGAUCUAAAAUGGCCGCUGCCUCGUGGUCAACAUGCGAACGACGGCCACCCUGUAUUCGGUUUUAAUUGAGAAGUGUCUGCGGUUAACCACAACGUUCUAAUUGGGAUCAAGAGGUUAACCAGCAGCACACUUCUAUCCUGGGUGGCCAUCCGUUCGGUAGGUUUAUUCGGUAAAAAGGUUCAUUUGUAUGCAUGGGCUAUGGAAACAGCCGUUUACACGAAAGGAGGGCAAAAUAGACGAAUCCAUCAUGAAUAGGCAUACAGAUGGUUCUUUCACACGGCUCCCUUCAGACCCGGCUUGACCCUUUGGCGGGUCAACUUGGGGAUGACCGGACUAGGAGGCGGUGGGGAUGUCAGUUUGCCGGGACAAUCCAUCUGCAUUCCCGUUCUGCUUACCGGGUCGGUAGCUGGUGAAGUUAUAUGGUUGUAGCGCCAAACUCCACCUCAGUAGUCUACCAUUGUCUCCUAAGACCCGGUUAAGCCAGACGAGAGGAUUAUGGUCAGUCACAAGGGAAAACUCUUGCCCGUAUAAGUAGGGACUUAACCAGGGCCAAACACUACUUCUCCACUGCCACAUAACUCACUUCUCUGGGUAGUAACUUUCUCUGGGUAGUAACUUUCGGCUGAGAUAUGCGACAGGGUGCUCUCCUCCAUCUUCCCCGACUGGCUCAGCACAGCCCCCAGUCCAUACAUGGAAGCAUCUGUAUGGACGAGAAAGCGCUUGUUAGGAACUGGGGCAGCCAAGACAGGGGCAUUCACAAGAGCCUGUUUUAGUGCUUGGAACUCAGCUUCACAAGCUGGAGACCACAGGACCUGCUUAGGCAAGUUCUUCUUUGUCAGGUCGGUCAGGGGCUUAGCAAUAGUGCUGUAGUCAGGGACAAAAUGUCGGUAAUACCCUGCCGUCCCCAAGAAGGCUGUGGCAAACCCUGUCACUAAGAUACUAACUUUUCUUUGCGAAUGAACGCUGGAGUUAUAAUAGUCGUAUGUGUGCAAAGGCAGAGACUCGGUGCACGAACGGACUGUACUAUCAUCCAUGUGAAUGCUCUGAAACUACCGAACGAGGGAUCACCCCGGUGUGGUCGUGUGCCUCCUAUUAACAAAAGCAACAAUGUUGCGAAGUGUGUUAAGUGCGAGUGCGUGUGUCGCCGCCAUUUCACCUACCGAACACGUGGCGGCGGCCAUCUUACGCACGAACAGCGGUACUUGGUCGUCGAACGCCUGGAACUCAAAGUACCGCUAAGACCUCCAGCACGCUCAAAAGGCAUGAAUCAACUACACGAACACCUCAGCAUUCGAUAUGUGGAAUCCCACGAACGAAGGGAUUCAUUCAAACGUUAAAGGAAGCCUGGAUGCCAUAGACUUUUGGGACUUUUGAUUCACCAGAAGAGACCGACCGCAGGGCCAGAUUUCAUGGAACUGUUUUCGGCUAUUGUGCCCGUGCGGUCGGUCAAAUCUUUCACCUGCUGUAACUCCCGAACCCCUGGUCCGAUCUGGGUGAAUUUUGAGUAUGUUGCUCACCCAGAUCGGGGCUACCAGGGGACCCCUUAUUCAACCCUGUACCUGUAUUUAGGGGACAUCCACAAACUGUGGAAAACUGUGUCCAUAUUAAUCUUGUUAAUUGUUAAUUUAAGGGGAGGAGAGGUAGGGGAGGUGACCACUGUGGGAUUGGUUACUGUAGUAAUUGUGAAAGUUACCUCCCUUGCAUGGGAAAAAUGCAUAAAAGCAGACCUGUGAAUAAAGACAUCAGUUGACUCCCAGACUAUGUGUCGUCUAGUCUUUGGGGAGGUGGAUUAUGCUAUGUUCCUGUGAUUUUGUAUGCUGAAUCUUUGUUCCCAGCGGAGAGCUAUUGGAUUAACCCCUGCUACUCCGCUACAAUUGGUGGCAAGCGACGGGAUUCAAACCUCACAGCAGACCGUUGUUCGGCAGAUAGAGCCAUUUGUGGAAAUCUUUAUUCGUAUGGAACCGAAGGGAGAGGGUAUGUGAAUAUACCCGAACAGAUAGUGAAUGGGGACAGAUUAUACACGCUUGAAACGGGCCACACUAAAAGAACUAUUGGAAGCAAGGGGAAUUAUUGCCAGCAAUAAAGCCAGAGCCAUCCUUAUUGCCGAACUCAUGGAGGGAGACAGGGCAGCUGCUGCAGCACCUCUUAUGGAGAUCGCACAGACGGAGUUGGAAAAAGAGAACUCAAAAGCAGGCUGGCAUUUUUCCCAGGAACACCUCCCAUAGAAACAGUGGAAAGAAUCAUGGCAGAUGUCCAUGAAUAUGUGAUGGCAAAGCAGCAAGCAGACCGGAGGUCCAGAGAGGGGUCCUACUUGAAAACUGCGGUCCCUAUCGUACCACCUGUGCUGUCGUCGUUGGGCCGCCUGGAGAUUGGACCGUACCCAUCUGGAUUAAGGUCUCCAAGCGUUCCCUGAACUCUAGCACAUAUGGGACUAUAGGGGUACCAUUACUGGUGACUGUUCCCUCCCAGUGUUCCCUAAUGAGGUCCAAAGGACCCCGUUCUCUCCUUCCGAAUAGUAAUUCGAAUGGAGAGAACCCUGUGGACUCCUGAGGUAUCUCUCUGUUGGCGAAGAGCAGAUGGGGAAGAAACCUUUCCCAGUCCUUCUGGGGAUCCAUGAACGUACGGAGCAUUUGUUUUAAUGUUCCAUUAAAGCGUUCACAGAGCCCAUUGGACUGGGGGUGGUACGCUGAAUUUACGAUAGGUUUCACCCCACAUGUUCUCCACAACUGGUGGGUAACUUCUGCUGUGAAUUGGGUACCCCGAUCCGAGAUAAUCUCCUUGGGGAACCCCAUUCGGGAGAAUAUUCGGAUCAGGGCGUCCACUAUGGUCUCAGCAUGGAUAUUAGUUAGGGCCACUGCCUUGGGAUACCGGGUAGCGUAGUCUACCACAGUUAAAAUAUACUUUUUCCCUAAAGGGCUGGGUUUCGCUAGGGGUCCGAUUAUAUCGACCGCCACCCUACUGAAGGGCUCAUCUAUUAUGGGAAGGGAGUGCAUUUUUGCCUUGUAACGGUCCCCUCUCUUUCCUACUCUCUGACACGUAUCGCAAUACUGACGGAUAUCUUUGGAGACCCCUGGCCAAAAGAAGUUUUGGGUCAGACAAUGCUUCGUCCUACUGACGCAUAGAUGUCCUGAUAAAGGGAUAUCGUGUGCAAUACGUAAUAACUCCUGCCUGUACUUUUUAGGAACAACGAACUGCGUGGUGGUCAUGGGUACUGAUCCUGCUACCACCUUCUCUGCGUACCUAUACAGUAAUCCUUUCUCCCAAGCGUAUCUCUCCCCCUCCAACCCCGCCUGAUUCUGUGUAACUCUAUCCCGGUAUACUUGUAAGGACGUGUCGGUGGCUACCUCAGUACCAAAUUCUAAGGGGGAGCCCAUGGGACGAAAGGGGUUGUGGGGCUGUUGCUUACCUGAGCCUCAGAGUGUUCGGAGGUUGCAGUGGUGCGAGCCUGCUGCCGGGUUACAACGGGUAGUGCUUCCUGCGCUGGGUGUUGAGAAACAAAAGCGGAGGUCAGCUCCCCCAAGUCGUUACCCAAGAUGACAUCGGCUGGUAAAUCCUGCAUGAGGCCCACUUCCACGUUCCCUGACCCCGCUCCCCAAUCCAAAUGUACCCGGGCGGUAGGGAUUUUGUAAAUGGCUCCCCCUGCCACCCGGACUGCCACGUAUUCUCCAGUGAGCUGGUUCUUGGGGACCAAGUGGUUACGAACCAAAGUUAUGGUGGCCCCAGAAUUGACCGGAGGUCCAGAGAGGGGUCCCCAACCCCACCACGCAUAGCUCCAGAGAAGCCUUAAAUUCCUUACCACGCUUUUAAAAAUUAUGUGGAAACAGAGGACAUCGAUGGCUACUUGCAUGACUUCGAGAGGUUAUGCCAAUUGCAUGAUAUUAGCGCUACUGACCAAGUACCCCUGCUGGUGGGCAAACUAGCGGGCCGCGCAGCAGAAGCCUACCGCACAAUGCCAGACGAGGACAGCAGGGACUACCAGAAAGUGAAGCAGGCCAUUCUAACUUGGUAUGCCAUCACCCCAGAGGCCUACUGGCAGCGGUUCAGAGAAAGCCGAAAAACAGAUAGAGACUCCCACAUGGAGUGGGCACACCGCUUAACUAGGGCCGGCAAGGGGUGGGUGCAAGUGGCACAAGCAACGACAGUGGAGGAUAUGCUGCAAUUGCUUUUACUAGAACAAUUUUUCCAGGGGACUUACAAAACUGGCUGAGAGAUCGUUGCGAAGUGUGUUAAGUGCGAGUGCGUGUGUCGCCGCCAUUUCGCCUACCGAACACGUGGCGGCGGCCAUCUUACGCACGAACAGCGGUACUUGGUCGUCGAACGCCUGGAACUCAAACCGGGCGUUCGACUAACCAAGUACCGCUAAGACCUCCAGCACGCUCAAAAGGCAUGAAUCAACUACACGAACACCUUAGCAUUCAGUAUGUGGAAUCCCACGAACGAGGGGAUUCAUUCGAACGGUAAAGGAAGCCUAGAUGCCAUAGACUUUCGGGACUUUUGAUUCACCAGAAGAGACCGACCGCAGGGCCAGAAUUCAUGGAACUGUUUUCGGCUAUUGUGCCCGUGCGGUCGGUCAAAUCUUUCACCUGCUGUUACUCCCGAACCCCUGGUCCAAUCUGGGUGAAUUUUGAGUAUGUUGCUCACCCAGAUCAGGGCUACCAGGGGACCCCUUAUUCAACCCUGUACCCCUGUAUUUAGGGGACAUCCACAAACUGGGGGAAACUGUGUGCAUAUUAAUCUUGUUAAUUGUUAAUCUAAGGGGAGGAGAGGUAGGGUAGGUGACCACUGUGGGAUUGGUUACUGUAGAAAUUGUGAAUGUUACCUCCCUUGCAUGGGAAAAAUGCAUAAAAGCAGACCUGUGAAUAAAGACAUCAGUUGACUCCCAGACUAUGUGUCGUCUAGUCCUUGGGGAGGUGGAUUAUGCUAUGUUCCUGUGAUUUUGUAUGCUGAAUCUUUGUUCCCAGCGGAGAGCUAUUGGAUUAACCCCUGCUACUCCGCUACAAAGGCCAAUACCAGGGUCUUAGUGGUAGGUGUGGGCCAGUUAGCCACUGCCUCUACCUUGGCUGGCUCUGGUCUCUGGCUCCCACACCCCACUCUGUGACCCGGGUACAGGGCCGGACUGGGGAUACGAAGCAGCCCUGGAAAAAAAUCUAUGCCAACCCCAUAAGUCAUUGUGCUAUGUAGGGUGUAUAUAUAUAGGCAAUUGAAAUAGUUGGCUGCAGUCUCGGAUUUCCUGAAAAUUUAACUUUUAUUGAAAUAUUUAAGAGAAGAUCAAUGUUUCAGUCCCUCUUGUGGACUUUCGUCAUGAUCCUGAUGCAAGUCCACAAGAGGGACUGAAACGCUGAUCUUCUCUUAAAUAUUUCAAUAAAAGUAAAAUUUUAAGGAAAUCUAAGAGUGCAGUCAACUAUUUCAAUUUCCUAUAUAUAUAUAUACACUGGAUACUGGAGCCCUGGUGAUGCAACAUUAUUGUAACAGCACCGUUUCAGCACACAAGGGGUUAAAACCGUUUAGGCGAUCGUCCCCUUCCAGAGAUGCAGGCACAGCUACUGCAGAACACCAAUCCGCCGAACAGGAAACCAUACGAAUGCUGUAAACAGCCGAAUAGGAAAAACCAUACGAAUAGGUUUACACUCCUAGCAGUCGAACUGGAACAGCAUACAAUAAAUCCCCCCAAGAACGAGACAAAGCUCUGUGUUGAGGGUCAAGCAGUGAACAGGCAGAGCUGUGGGUUUAUGGUGCUUAUGUACACAUUCUUACACAUUAGUACCACCCACAGGGUUUUGGAAUACAACCAAUGAACACAUACAAUACACUCAGACACUCCCACACAAAUUCCUCCCCUCUGCCGGUGAUUCAAUUACCUUACACAAUGGGUAAUGUAAUUUAGCACAAGCAGAGAAAUACAAUUUUUCCACAUUAUUCAUAACUUGAAAAGUAUGCAUCACUUUCACAUAAAACAUUUUCAGAAUCAGCAUACUCCAAAUACAAACAUACGUCAAAAUCAUACAAAUUGGUCCAGUGGUUCAAAAGAUACAUCGUAGUCCUUUGUGACCACAGGAAGCAUGGCUUUUCUGCCCAAAACCAGUUCCACAGAGUCUUCUAUCCUGGAGAUAAUUGGGAAGUAAUCCAAUUAUCUCCAAGGACAGAGGCAAAACCCCACUGAACACAUGGCAGCAAAAAGACAGUAAAAUACAAUAAAAUACACAAGGUUACAUUUAUGACAUAAAAUACAGACAUGCAACAUAUGCCCAGAUAGCAUAGGUCUGAGCGCACAUUAUUAUUGAAUGGCGCUCAGAGCACACACAUACAGUUCAAUUGCCAUGGAGCCAAAGUCUUUCCCAUAGUCUUUCAUUAUACGAAUGGGCUCCAUGGCAUAGCUAUCUGGGGUAUCACUGCUCAAACAGGGCAAGCACCAAAUGACCCAGCUUUCUUGUCUUUGCAGGGGAAAAUCAAGCCUUUUAACAUGGGGCCAUAAUCCAAAGGCAACAGGUGAGCAACCAGGCUUCUCCAAUGCAAUGUGGCGAGAUUGCUCUCGUCACAUCUCUCCCCUUUUCCAAACAGACUAACAGGGUAUCUGACCUCCUGCUGGUCAGUGCCCUUGUUAGUCCAGCAGCCCACCCACAAAACAGAAUCAACAGCACAGCCCACCCACAAUAAAUGGUUACUACACCUGGGUAGAGGAGAAGCUUGUCCACGUCCAGGUGUCUCACCACGGCUGUGCUGGGUACGGUUAUGCUGACUUGGUGGGUUGCUGCGUGGGCAGAGACCAGCGGUACUCUGCCCUGUUGCCAGCGCUACUGGGAGGGUAGCCUGAUUGAAGCCUGGUUGUUGGAGGGGGAGACCGACUGUCUCCCCUUUAGAUACACAGCCCUGUUGCUGGAGACCGACUGUCUCCCCUUUAGACACACAGCUCUGCUGCUGGAGACAGACUGUCUCUCCUUUGGACACACAGCUCUGCUGCUGGAGACCGACUGUCUCCUCUUUGGCUAAACAGCCCUGUCGCUGGGGGGCAGAACUGAACGUCCCUACCCCCUGUGCUGGACGUGCAGAGACCACAGUCCCAUCUGCACAGUUGUGGGGCUUACUGUCUCCCCCUGGUAACCUAGCCUUAGGGUAGUCCCCCCGCUUCCCUACCCGUUGACAUGUGUCGCACGUACUACAAUACAUCCGCACAGCCUGAUUAAAGUUGGGCCAAAAUAAAUUCUGCGUGAUCUUAUAGCCCUAAUGUCCAGCUAACAGAACAUCCUGCCAUAUCCGCAGAAUCUCCUGCCGGUAUUUUGCAGGUACCACUAGCUGGCGAUUCAGCGGAGGGGCAACACUCUUCUGAGAAGGCUUAGGGAUCCUAUAGAGCCUGUCCCCCACCCACUCAUACCGCUCUCCAUCUACUCCUUCCUCUCCAGCAUCUGCUCUAUCCCGGUACUUCUGGAGAGUCGGGUCUGCCCGGGUUUCCCUCCCAAACUCCUCUGGGGAAUCCCAGCUUAAAAGAGCCUGAUCUAGGGUACCAGUCGGGGAAGAGGGUCUUACCUGGGUCUCAUCAGCAGGCGAGCCGGUUCCAGUAGCACAGGUCUGAGCACGAGUAGUCACAGGGUUAACGUCAGCGGGGCCCAUUGGGGCAUAAGCAGAGACCAAGGGGGCCAAAUCAUUCCCAAGAAGGACAUCAGAAGAAAGUCCUUCAUAACCCCCACAUCCACGUGUCUAGCGCACACUCCCCAAUCCAAAUGGACCCAGGCAACAGGUAGACGGAACACGGCGCCUCCUGCUAACCUCACCGCCACAGUGUCUCCAGUAUGUUGGUGUUCUGAGACCAAGUUCUUUUGGAGCAGUGUCAUAGUGGCUCCUGUGUCUCUCAAUCCGUUCACCACUCUGCCAUUUAGCUUAACAGUCUGCCGGUGUUGCUGACGGUUGUCCUGAUGGGCUGCCUCGUAUAGUAUGCCCCAGAAUUCCUCCUGCUCUAUACAGUGAGCAGCAGGCUGAGGUGGACGUGGAUUCCCGCCGGCUGGUCUUCUCCAUGAUUGUGCUUGAUUGGCUCCGUUCAGUGGGCACUCUGGUCGCUUGUGCCCCAACUGUUUACACCCAAAGCACCUAAUGGGUUGAGAAUAAUCCUGGGCGUUGAACCGGGAUGGCUGGGUAUAAUUGUUAGCCGGCGGUAGUGUUGGAGUGCGGUGUGCUGGAGGUGCUGCUGGUCUGUACUCCGUUCUGGCAGGAACUUUGGGAACUGCACUGUCCAGUCUACGUGCGUCUGUGUACUCAACUGCCAGAUGAGCAGCUUCGGGCAAAGUGGAAGGUUUUCGAUCCCUGACCCACUCUCUGACUCCGGUGGGUAAUCUAUCAAAACAGUGUUCCAGCAGAAACACUUGCAGCACCUCUUCCCCAGUUACCGCUUGGCACCCCGCCAUCCAGUGGGCUGCUGUAUGGUGGACUUUGCAUGCCCAUUUUACAUAGGAGUCGCCAGCAUGUUUAUUAGUCUCCCUAAAUCACGUCUGUACACUUCUGGGGUCACUGCGUAUCUGGCCAAAAGAGCAUCUUUCACUGCUUGGUAGCUGGUGAUCUCCUCCUCUGGAAUGGCCCGGAACGCUUCACUGGCCCAGCCGGAUAACUUUCCAAAGAUGAUGGUGACCCAUUCGUCUGCGGGUACCUGGUGUAGGGCACACUGCCUUUCAAAGUCAGCAAGGAACCCGUCAAUCUCUCCGUCUGUCUCAAUAAAAAUGUUAAAUGCAGCAAAGGGUACCUUUCUCUUUCCAAUAUUAUUAUUGGGUACCUCUGCUGCUGCAGCUCCUCUUACCUGGAGCGCUUGGUGUGCCAUCACUGCUGCCUGCACACGUUCCACAAUGUCUGCUGAAGGGUUGGGGCCAAAGUGUGCCAGCCUUAUCUGGACUGCCCGGUUGAAUUGUAUUUCCUCUGGGGUUAAAUCCAGAAUGCUGGGCACAUUAGCUCUCUCCAUUCCUUGUGCUGCAUCCAUUUCAAGUAGCAAAGCAAUAAUCUCUUGUUUCUUUAGAUUACUUGCUGACCGUCCUCGGUGUUCUAGUAUGUCUUUAAGGGUAGCACGCCUUAUUUCCUCAUACUGCAUUUCCUCCACCAAACUGGGAUGUGUAGCUGACCUUCUGUGCUGUGGGAUUCAUCCCGUCGCUUGCCACCAAUUGUUAAGACACGCCUGGUGUCUUUAAGGGAAACCGCCGCUUAGUUAACCUUCCCCUUUCGCAAUAUUAAUAACUCAGUUCGCAUAGACUGCGGUAUAUGAACCACUAUCAGGGAAAGCGGUAAUCUCCUGAACGCGAUCCGUAAGAGGCUCCGAACUCCCGAACAGAAAUCCACGAAUUGCCGCUAGCCGCCGAACAAGUAUAUCCACCAAGCGGCUUUCGGCUCCAGCAAUCAGUCUCUAGUCGUCGGUAAUAAAUCCCCCCAAUAACGAGACCAAGCUCCACAUUGUAGGUCAAACAGGAUCUGGCUUUACUGUGAGCUACCUGCCCGUAUUUUUGCAGGUCUCCCACUUGGUGGACACUCCCCUAGGGGACCAAAUGGGAGACUGUAAUGACAGAUGGACAUGGGGAUGGACAUGGGGACAUUUCAGACAUACAGAUACAAACAUUUCCCACAAUGCAGUAUUCGUGGUAUUCGCAGUAACACAGUAUCAUUAUACAGAGCAGUAAUAUAGUAUCAUUAUACAGAGCUAGUAAUACAGUAUCAUUACUCAGAGCUAGUAACACGGUAUCAUUAUACAGAGUUAGUAACUGUGACAGAUUCAUCUGUAUUGCUGGUUCGUCUGUUUCCCUUUGUUCGCUGGAUUCCCUGUUCGUAUACCCCCGUUCGUGUAAUUUGCAAACUACCGAUUGAAACUACCGAACGAACGACCACCCAGGAGAGGAGUGUGCUGCUGGUUAACCUCUUGGCCCCAGACACCUCUCCAUUCCAUUCGUACGGGUGGUCGUCGUUCGCAUGUCGACCACGAGGCAGCGGCCAUUUUGGGACACACGAACGCAUAGCGGUGUUCGGUACAAACUGUAUGGAACUAAAAACGGACACUUAAACUACCGAACACCGCUGGAAGCUGAUGCCCACCUUCUAUUUCGACAAGGCAUGCGAACGUCGGUCGUUCGGGAGUUUUUAUUGCAUUCGUAUGGACUUUUACCCAGACAGCCGUCCCAUGGAGUCAUUCGUAUACCGAAGGGCUGGUGCAAGACUUUGACUCCAUGGCGAUUCGACUAGAUACAUCGGAUCUGAGCGCUAUUCGGUGAAAAUGUGCACUCAGAUCCAGGCUGUCUGGGGAUGCGUUACACGAACUAUAUUCAUUCGGUAUUUCUUCAGUUGUGUAUUUUAAUGUAUUUUUAUUACUGUAAUUUAAAAUGGCGAUGGUCUCUACCUUGGGAGAUAAUUAGGUUUCUUCCUAAUUAUAUCCGGGGUAAAGAAGACGGAUUUAUGGGUAAGAUGGGAAGGGCUUAUAUUGAAGCCACUGCGAUUGGCUACUGUCCAAUAUGUUUUACAGUCUUCCACAAGGUCCCCUCGGGGAGUGUCCACCUUGUGGGGACCUGCAUAAAUACCGGGCAGGUAGCCCCCAUUAAACAGAGCUUUAUUUGACCCUCAAGACGGAGCUUAGUCUCGUUUGUGGGGGAAUUAUUACUGGGACAGCGCUUUCGUUAUUUUUAGCUGUGGAAGGCGUUCGACUGUUUGCUGAUCGGGAGUUGCCGUGUUCGUGGACUUCGUUCGGGAGUUUGGCGGUUGGCUGAAUUUAAACUGCAUUUCUGGAGAAGGGGAUUAUUUACUAAACGGCGGCUUCAUCUACCUGGCGGUUCGUGUCUUAACAGUAACACAGAGUCAUUAUACAGAGCUAGUAACACAGUAUCAUUAUACAGACCAGUAACACAGUAUCAUUAUACAGAGCAAGUAACACAGUAUUAUUAUACAGAGCAGUAACACAGUAUUAUUAUACAGAGCAAGUAACAUAGUAUCAUUAUACAGAGCAUGUAACACAGUAUCAUUAUACAGAGCAGUAACACAGUAUCAUUAUACAGAGUAUGUAACACAAUAUCAUUAUAAAGAGCAGUAACAUAGUAUCAUUAUACAGAGCUAGUAACACAGUAUCAUUAUACAGAGCAGUAACACAGUAUCAUUAUACAGAGUAUGUAACAUGGUAUCAUUAUACAGAGCAGUAACACAGUAUAAUUAUACAGAGCAGUAACAUAUUAACAUUAUACAGAGCUAGUAACAUGGUAUCAUUAUACAGAGCAGUAACACAGUAUCAUUAUACAGAGCAGUAACACAGUAUCAUUAUACAGAGUAUGUAACACAGUAUCAUUAUACAGAGUAGUAACAUAGUAUAAUUAUACAGAGCAGUAACAUAGUAACAUUAUACAGAGCAGUAACACAGUAUCAUUAUACAGAGCAGUAACAUAGUAUCAUUAUACAGAGUAUGUAACACAGUAUCAUUAUACAGAGCAGUAACACAGUAUCAUUAUACAGAGUAGUAACAUAGUAUCAUUAUACAGAGCAGUAACAUAGUAACAUUAUACAGAGCAGUAACACAGUAUCAUUAUACAGAGUAGUAACAUAGUAUCAUUAUACAGAGCAGUAAUAUAGUAACAUUAUACAGAGCAGUAACACAGUAUCAUUAUACAGAGCAGUAACAUAGUAACAUUAUACAGAGCUAGUAACACAGUAUCAUUAUACAGAGCAGUAACACAGUAUCAUUAUACAGAGCAGUAACAUAGUAUCAUUAUACAGAGCAGUAACACAGUAUCAUUAUACAGAGCAGUAACAUAGUAACAUUAUACAGAGUAGUAACACAGUAUCAUUAUACAGACCAGUAACACAGUAUCAUUAUACAGAGCUAGUAACACAGUAUCAUUAUACAGAGCAGUAACAUAGUAACAUUAUACAGAGCAGUAACAUAGUAACAUUAUACAGAGUAGUAACACAGUAUCAUUAUACAGACCAGUAACACAGUAUCAUUAUGCAGAGCUAGUAACAUUAUACAGAGUAGUAACAUAGUAUCAUUAUACCGAGCAGUAACAUAGUAACAUUAUACAGAGCAGUAACAUAGUAUCAUUAUACAGAGUAGUAACACAGUAUCAUUAUACAGAGCAGUAACACAGUAUCAUUAUACAGAGUAGUAACACAGUAUCAUUAUACAGACCAGUAACACAGUAUCAUUAUACAGACCAGUAACACAGUAUCAUUAUGCAGAGCUAGUAACAUUAUACAGAGUAGUAACAUAGUAUCAUUAUACCGAGCAGUAACAUAGUAACAUUAUACCGAGCAGUAAUAUAGUAACAUUAUACAGAGCAGUAACAUAGUAUCAUUAUACAGAGCAGUAACAUAGUAACAUUAUACAGAGCAGUAACAUAGUAUUAACUUUUGGAACAACGACAUAAACUAAUGGGUUUCAAGGUAGAACUUAAGAGAUUUUAUUCUUUUUUUAACUGAGAAUACCAUGUAAAUAAAUUAAAUUUAACUAUUCAAAGAAAGUAUAAAAUAGAAGGAAACCAUGGAUUGCAUCUUGUAUUCUAUGCUUUGACAUAUUACAUGUUACAUAUCACAUUAUAUUAUGUGGUGACACAGCUUGAAAAGUGCUCUUUAAGUGUAACAGACUAUGAUUGAGAACAGCUUGGGAUCUGCUGGUUCAUUAGAGAUAGUGAGCUGCAUUGCAUUGAACAACAUCAGGUGUUGAAACACACAAAGUCCAAGCAUUAUCAGUACAGAUAGAUACAAGUCCCUUAUCAGGAGCAGAAAGUAUCCAGAGAUACAUAGUACCAUUAGACAGUGCAGUAUGACGUUAUGUUGAUACUCCCAGUAAGUAGAUUAUCUGGCACUGUGGCGGUACAUAGUUACUCUUCACAACUGUACAGUGCAGCACGCUCUUUAUCUGGGGAUAAAAUGCUAUAUAACGCCACUGCGCAGUGCACCGGAUUAAUGACUUGUGAUUUGCUGAAAACCAAGUUACAAGAUUUGGGAGGGAAAAAUCCAGGAUUGACAUUUGUUUCCUAAUCACCAAUUCUGGUGUUAAUUUUGGAACCUGUCAUCCUACCAUAACUCCUUUAAAGGGUUACACACAGACACUCUUUUUGAAGUGGUCAUGGUGCUCAGAGACUGUAUGUGUAGUGUUUACAUAGACAUUCUACAUUGUUGCUUGAGGUGUAACUCCGCCUCAUGCAUCGACAUUGUAUGUCAUCAACCAGCUGGGACAAGAGCUCUGAGCUGGUUAAUGUGAAUUCUGUGCAUAUUUCUAUACAAAGAAUGAUCAGCUGACACUCUCAGCCAAUGAAUGGCCAGCAGGAUUGCCAUCUGGUUUCUGUAGUUCUGCAGACGGUAAGGAGGCUCAGCAUGAGGAUAAACCGGUUUGCGCUAUUAUCAGGGAAUAGAGCCAAGGUACUGACAUCAUAAUACGGUUAUCAAUUCCAUGAAUAAACAUUAAUAUCAUAUUUCUUGGAACACCAAAAGCAGCAUUCCUAAAAAUGGAUAAUCAUCGACUCUACAAUUUCAGUCCUGAUAAAAAAUGUAACCAGUCGCUUCACUGGCUCAUUCUCUAACAUGGUAAUUGUUGGCAAUUCAAAAUUUUAGCCAAAAUAACCAGAUUUGUACAAAUUUGUCAUAAGUAAUGUUUUCAUUUCUGCUAUUUGGAAUAAAAUCUGGUUAGUUCAUAGAGCGAAUAUCUGGCAAAAUUUAGGCUAAAUUAGUCAAACUGUGCUUAUAGUUUGAGAAUUUUUCCAAAUCAGCUAUUUUAGCCUAAAUGUUACCAUCUGGAUAUCCAUUCAUUAGAGUUUAGUGAAUAACUGUGUUUUGAAGUCACCGUGAUUUGGACAGAAACACUAUAAUAAUAUUAACCUGUAUGUUUCUGCUUUUAAUUAAAACUCACUGCAAACCAAAUACAAAAUGGGAAAACAAGGCUUUUAUUUAUCUUUUUCCAAGCACUGAAUUGGAGUCCUCUAAGCUGCUAACUCCGCCUCCGGCGAUGUCACGCCAAUUCUCAGUUUUUAGCCAAUCCAAUGCUCCUCAUAGAGGCGUAUUGGGGGCGCAAUGCUUUACAUUGAGGUGUUAAACUGAAAGGACCAUUUCAAUGAGAUGAAGCCUUGAUCUCUGACUGACUGCUACCAGAAUAUGAAUUACGACAUUUUAUACAGAUUCCAUCUUACCUGUGCUCUAGAACAGAGGUUCCCAACCCAGUCCUUAAGUACCCUGUAACAGGCCAGGAUUUAGGGAUUACACAGUUGUGUCUAAGGUGUUUUUAGAAAAAAACUAAAUAAAAUAAAAAAACACUUUAGACACAACAUGGUAAUCUCUAAUUCCUGGACUGUUAGGGGGUACUUGAGGACUGGCUUGUGAACCCCUAGAAUAUAAUAACAAACCAGGUAUUAAUUAAUAUAUUACAAACUUACUGAAUCCUCCAGUUAUUAUAAAGAAGGUGUACUUGGCACUAUACAGCAUGUAUAUAGUGUAUAUAUUCUUUAUACAAAGCAUACUGCAGUGUACUCAUUAGUGAAUAUACUGUUAUUGUGAGAUCAUAAUCUGGAUUUAUCAAUUGCUCACUAUACAGGUGACAAUACAGAAUGCAGUAGUACUGAGUAUCCAUGUAUACUGUAUUUAUAGCUCUAACAGGUGUACUUGGCACUUUACUGGUUGCAUUGCAGCAGAGGGCGUGUACACAGUGCUAGCAGUGAUGCAGUCGUUAUAGUAGAGUUUAAUAUACAGGAAAUCCUUGCAUCACUAACCCAAAGAGCUUACAAUCUAAGCCUAUAUAACUCAGUAAAGAAAGGCUGCUGCUGCUAUUAUGCAUGGCCCUUUCCAUGCAGGUGGUCUGCCUAAUUUAACAGCACCCCCAUACAAACCUAUAUUCACUCUCAGGGGAACAUCUCCAAAUUCUGCUGUCUUGGUGCUGCUAUAAUUAGUCAGAAAGCUGAGCCCCCUCCCCAGUAACCUGUGUUAGACAGCUGCUACUCUACUUGUCCUGCCUCCAGACUAUUGCCCCCCUCCAAGCCCACAUUGAGCAUCCAAUCCGGUUUGGGAGGGGAUCACAUUUCGGUAUAACUGUCAGCCAUAACCAGGCCAGUGGGUGAUUGAAAAGGCUCACAUCUGCGGAGACCCCCAGCACUGCUCUCUGCUCCCAAGCCCCAGGUAAGGGAAAAAGGGGGAAUGGGGAAACAGGGGUCUUGAAGGAUGACCCCACAAACAAGGGGGAGACACACAAAAAAGAAAGCCAGAUAAAUAGCCAGGACUGGGGAAUUGGGGGUCUGUCCCCUAUAAUGUUGUAUCUCUGUCUCUCUCUUGUCACUUUAACAGUUUAGUGAAUGAGCCCCAUGGUGAUUUGCUGAAAGCUAUAAUCUGCAGAGCAUUGUCACCUACAUGAAACAAUGUGACAAUCCCAUUGAUCCCCUACAGAGAGAGAGAGAGGAGAGCUGUGACCCCUGUAUCCCCUGUCUAUUAGUUGGAAUCCCCUGGCACACACAGCUGCUGAUUGCAGGGAUUCAGUGUAACUGUGAGAAUGGCAACCAUGCCAAUGGACUCACAUCAGGCAUCUGACACAUGUCUGGGGGCUUCAUUCCCAGUCAGCACAUAUCUGUUUAAUGAGUUUGGCUUCAGCUGUCCAUACUGUACAUAGAAUGUCUGUGAAGGUUAAACCCACAUUUCCAAGUUUGUUUGUAAGUCAUCUCUACCAUCUCCUGUCAGUUAAAUUCCUCCAAUAACCCUGAAUUGAGAGAAAGCAUGCUUCAUGUAGGUUAAUAAUGCAUGAGAUUUUAGUCUUUUAUUGAUUGCUUUUGGGAUCUAUGUCAUAUAUAGAAUUGGAAGAACUGAUCCAAUGCUCAUAGUGUGUAAUAUAUCUGGUACAGUGUGGGCUGGACACUGGAUUUGCUUAGAAUACAUUUUGGAAAGUACCAUGACAAUCCAAGCUACAUGUACCAUUGCAUCCCACUCCCUGCCCUUUGUGAAGGGGACACAAUGCUGCUUUGAUUUGUACCCAAGGCUUCCUUUAACAGCAUCCCAAAUAACUGAACUCACUUUAACUAUUGUCUGAUAUCUGUAUGUUCUGAUCACUAUAUUGAAAAUAAUGGGGGUCUCUUCACUAAAUCUCCCAGGAGUUGUAACAUUUUAUCCAAAAUGCAGUUGGUUUGGUUUUGGUAGUUUUAUUCCUAACUCACAGGUGUUUGAAUUUACCCUAUUUCAGCUACGUGGGUGCAAUGCAUGUACAUUAUUACAAUGCAAAGCCUUUGCCUCGGUCAUGGCACUUAAGGGGUUAAACGUUUGAUUGUCAGUUAUCAUGCACUGUGAAGCCAUUUCUAGGGAUGGGUUUCCCCCGUCACAUGAAAUACAGGUUAUUAGCUCUACAUUGCUAACGUGUUUUUUGGAAGUCAAUAUACCAUAGCAGGACAGCUUCACAUCCAGUCUCCGUUAUAUUCCAUGAGAAAUAUCCUUGUGUUAUAAAUGUAAAGUGCUGCGGAAUAUGUUGGUGCUAUGUAAAUGCAGAUAAUAAUAAUGGUGUGUCUAUUGCUCUAACAUGUGAGGAAGGGCCCCAGAGGAUAGGGUACAGAUACUAGAUUAACCGUAUAUAUCAGAUUAGCAGAUUUAUGGCAUGUAAAAUAAGCUUUAAAUCUAGGGUCCAAUUAUCUGUCUCUUUGAAUAUUCUAAGGACAAAGCAACUGUAUUUACACCCCUCGCCCCAAAUCCACGAGUUUGGGGGGUGAGGGCUUACUUUCCCCACAGGUCCCACAUAUUGGAGAUGUUCAGUUGAGUAGAGAAGAGAUUUUGUGGAUGCUACCAGCUGUUAAUUUUGGUAGAGGUGGGGGAGAGGGAAGACAUGUCUAAUUAAGAAGUCUGUAAAUAGGAUACAAAAUUCCUAAUUAAAGUUCAUAGUCUUCUGCAGAAUGGGUUUUGUGGCCUUUCACCCCUCCCCCAAUGACCUAACAAGAUAGGCCAACUGGUGGCAUCUAACAGUAAGGGUGUUAUUAAAUAGAUCUAUCCAACAAUGAUGGGGAUCUCCAGCACUUAUCAAACCCAGACUCUACAUUGAAUAGAUAAGACCAUGACCCAAUACAGGGACAAAGCAAUGACAUCCCAAACCAUGAUAUAAACCUCCCACAUCCCAGGUUCCCAUCACCUUUAAAGGACAUUCCCAGGUGUCCUAAAAUAGAAAAGAAUGCCCAGUUGUCCCCUCUGUGGUACCACCCAUACCCCCCUUCAGCAUCUCAUAUGACAUCUGAGUCACACAGGCAGCAGUUUUGGGCUCCUAAAGUCUUCCUUACAGGGAGGGGAACCUAAAUUAAGCUUUGAGAGUACGCUGUACCCCUCUUCCAUCUGCUUCAGUCUGUAUUACAGCAAAUGCAAAAAAAAAAACCCAUCAAAAGUAUUUAAAAUAGCAUUCAUCAAAACUGUUAUAUAUUUACCAGCUGAAAUGAUUGGAUUCAGUUUUAUAUACAAAGAUUAUUUUUACAAUAGUUUUGAAAUAAAAUAAGAUUUAUUUGUGGUGAAUGUCCAAUUCAUAUCUCUCCAGCCCAAUUCAUCCUUCAUCUUCUUUUACUAGUAGGCAGUCACAAUAUAAACAAACUUAAUUCCAUUAAUAAAAUAGGAAACCCUUAAUAAGAAAUGAGAUCAAAAUAAAAGAAAUCGAUUGUAGAUGGAAAUUUAUAUUUUUGAGUGAAAUGAAUCGAGAUGUGUGUAUAUACUCUAAAAAGAAUGGCAGCAAUACAUUAAAAGCAGUUAUUUCCCAUAACAGAUUCCUCGUUUAUUUAAAGUGCGACUCUAGGAAUCUCUCUAUGUUGGUGAACGUGUAGGUUGGCAUACAGCGGGUAUAGUGGGUCAGGGCCUUAUUCAAAUAAUAAUUCGUUUUACUCCACAAUCACUUCUUUCUUUCAACUCAGUUGCCCUUUUUUCUCCCAAAAUACUGCUGCACACAAUGUGCUGACUUGGAUUUCUGGGAGUUGUAGUUAUUGUAUAGUAGAAACGCUUGCAGUCAAUGCUUAUGGUAUGAUGGCAGGAGGUUAGAAAAUGUUAAAUGUUUUAUGAUUGGCACUUAAUGUUUGAUUAUAUAAACCACAUGUUAGAGCAUUAAACAUUAGAUAUGAUAUGAAGCAUGGUCACUUCAAAUGUAUCUCUGAGUUAUUCUAUAUGUACCAUUCUGUAUGUAAAUUACUUGCUGCCAGUUAUCCCCAUUCUAGAAUUGUACAGCGCUGUAGAAUAUGUUGGUGCUAUAUAAAUAAUUAUUAUUUUUAUCUCUCUAUCUCCUGAUGAUUUAUGAUUUAUUCAUUCUGCUGUUUAUAAACAUAUAUUUUCCUUUGUGUUUUUUUUUUUUUUUUUUCAGCAGACCAAAAGCCAUCAUGUCCGACACAGAGGAAGUGUAAGUUCUGAAACCAAAAUAUUAUCUGAGACUGUGUAAACGUUGCCCAAAAUAAAACACAACAGCAGCUGUGCAUUGAGUAUUUAGAAUGUCACAGGAAUUCCCAAUGUCAUUUAGAAUAAUUUCUGGGGUGAGAUACUGUUACAAUAAAAAUCUACUUCCCUAAAAUUGCUCCCAUAUACAUUGAAUAAAUCGUAGAUUACAUGAGACCUGGUGUAUUGGAUGUAACAUCUAGAGAUGCUGAUAACAGAUGUAUUACACAGAUUAAUCCAUGUCAAAUAAUGUCAUUGUGUAGGUCACGCAAAGAUCUAAGGAGGAAACAAACACUAUGAUAAACUAAAACCACAGUUCAUUUUGGAUCACAAUCCCUAGAUCCCGGCCAGCAGCAGAAAACAGUUCUGUCAGAGUGUGACGUUUGUAAAAACGGGACUUUCAGUAUCUGCUUUAAUUAGAGAUUUAUGUGAACUGUUUGUCACAGGCAGAGACACACCGUGAUCAUUCAGUCACCAAACCAGGAAGUGCAAAUAAAUUACAAUAAAUUCUAACUAAACUGGAAAAACGUCUGUGCUCAUUCCACUAGUUUGGCCUAAGUUUUGCAAUUUCCUUAUCAAUUCUCCACUUUGUAGGGUUAGUGAAUAGCCCCACCUAUUUAGAUACUGAAUAUUGGCGAUUUCCCCCUCUCUCUUACCUGCUUUUAUUUAACUUUUCUGUGACCUGACAUGUUUAUUCGUUAUUUUCCUCUGUGUUUUCUUUCAUUUCAAUUUGUUUCUCUUUCUUUUAUCUGCGAACCUCGAUUGUUCCCAACAGUGAACAGGUGGAGGGUGAGUACACAAUGCGUUUAGUGUGACUGAUUAAUGUGAGAUUUCUCUAUAACCAUCACUACGUUUCAACGUUUGCUUUCAUUCACCUUAUUGUACUUCUCUUAAUCCUUUUCUUUCUAUCUUCCCAUUACAAACCCUUAGAUUUCUUAACCUCCUGUCUAAUUCCUAAACUUUUAGGACUCUUUUCAAACUGGAUUUUCUACGACAUGUCUACUGCCUGAGAUUAUUCAUUUUCAACCUACUUCUCCAAUUCCUUCACCCAUCCAUCACAUCCCUGUCUUGUUCCUUCACACAGUGAACUCUGCAUGUCUAAUAAUUUAUCAAUUUCUACUUUCAUUCCUUCGCUCCACAGACGGCCUGUCUGUUAACUUAACUAAUGUUUUCACUCCCUGGAUGAUAUUUAAUAUUUUAUUCCUGUAUUGUUCACUCCUCUUGUAACUUUUUUUUCAAGCAGUAAUAAUUUUCAUUCAUGCCCCGGCUCUCUAUUUUGCAAUCAGUGACCAUGUUAUCAUUUACGUUUAUGGCUUGAUUUCGAUCUAGAAAUGUACUAAGGAGUUGGGGUUGUUUGUUCACAUUCACAGGGUGAAGUUAAUAUAAAAAAUGUGAAUUUGGCAACUUAUUAUUUUAACUUAAAUAGCAUUAGAUUCUCCUGUUAUGCUGAACGCUCCUGGAGGAAGUCACACACCCAGGCAGACUUUCUCCAUUAUAGAUUCAUGUUGCGUUCAUAGAGCAGAGCGCAGCCCUUGCCCUCGCCAAACAGUCAUACUUUUCCUCUCUUAUUAGUUCAUGCUCCCGCAAUCGCAGGCGUCUCUUUGACACCUUUAACUCUCUUCUCUGCCCUGCUGUUACCACCCCCCAAACUAACCUUACAGCUGAUAGCUUUGCAUGCUACUUUACCAACAAGAUUGAACAGCUAAGGAAAGAAUUCUCCCCUCCUUGCCAUUCUCUUUCUCAACCACACGUAGAUCAUGCCUUUCCUAUCCUUCAGACUUUCUCCCCAGCUACUGACCAAGAGGUGGCUGCGCUUCUCCUUUCUUCUCGCCCCACCACUUGCCUGCUCGAUCCUAUCCCAUCUCAUCUUAUCAGAUCUCUCUCUCCUUGUCUUGUGCCUUCCUUAACACACAUCUUCAACUGCUCUCUCUCUUUUGGCACUUCUCCUGUCCGCUGCUCACACCCAUAUGGCCAACUCACGCUUGCAGGACUUCUUGCAGGGGCUCCCUUCCUAUGGAAUAGCCUGCCUAAAGCCAUCAGACUCUCCCCUAGUCUUCAAUCGUUUAAGAAGUGCCUUAAAACCCUUAUUUUUAGGAAAGCUUAUUUAUUCCCAGAGUAACUUCUACCUCACAUACCUGUCUCUACUCUCUCCUCUCCAGCUCUGCUUCACUCCCACCUUGUUCGAUUGCUAUUCCCUGUCCUGUUGUGUUUUACACCCCACCUCUUAUAGACUAUAGUUCCUGUAAGUUUUCUUGUAAAUUGUCAUAUUUAUAGUUAAAUCCCCCCUCUCAUAAUGUAAAGCGCUACAGAAUCUGUUGGCGCUAUAUAUAUGGCAAUAAUAAUAAUAAUUAAAGGGACACCAAAGUAGCUGUAUCUGCCUGUAUCUCAUUAAACUGGUUAUAGUGUCUGGAGUUCCCUGGUACCAUCAUUUCCUUCAGUAUUAAACAGUUUUUAAUAUUUUAAUGCUAAACAAGAGUCCCCAGCAGUCCAUUCCCUCUGUGCUGCUUUGGCUAAUAAGGAAGUAUUAGCCUGAGCAGCAACGGGCACCUUUGAUUGGCUGAGAGUGUCAGCGGACUGCUUUUAGCCUGCCAGAGCUCCAACUGACGGUAUGAGUGGGUAUGACAACAAGGAAGUGUGUACAUACAGAAGGGGUCGGAUUGUGGGUAGCCAGGGACUCUUAUUUUAUGGCAUUCUGCAUGAACAUGGUACAACACUGGAUGGAGGGACAGUGCCAGGGUACUCCAAGCACUAUAACAAAUUCAAAGAGAUGAAAUGGUUACAGUGACUACAGUGUCCCUAUAACAUUUUAUUUUUAAAUUCUAGCAAUGCUGACAUCUAUUGGCCACAGCCAUACUCUCUAUUUGCAUCUACCCCAUCAAUAGUUGCAUUUACCCUAUCUAUAUUUGCAUCUACCCCUAUUUAUAUCUGCAUCUACCCCCAUCUAUAUUUGCUUUGGUCACAUUUUCAGGGUUAAAUUACCAUUAAAUUGGGUAAUAGUAACAACCCCUGGAUGUUGGGCUAAGGUAGCAUCCCCAGGUCGUACUUGAAAACCAGAGUAAUCAGAAUUAAAUACUUUGUUGUUAUUAUUAUUGUAUUCACUCAAAGUAGUACUUGUCAGAAAUUCAAUGUGAAUUUCCAAUUUAAUUCCAAAUAGCCGAUCUGGAAGCAGUGCAUUUUGGACUUAAUUUUUAAAUCCUCAAGUAUUCUAACUUUAUUAAAAAAUACUGUUUGUUCCUAAUCUCUAUAAUGGCAAAAGCAAAAAAAUAACCAUAUAGUUAUCACAUAUAUUUGAAUCAGGAUAAUGAUAGUAAUUUCUACACUGUAACUGUCAUAUCUGGAAACAUAGUUAGCAGUUUCAUAAAAUACUGAUAGAUAUGUAGGUUUGUCUUCAGGCUGUGCAUCAUGCAAUGCAUUGAAUAUGGAUUAAAACCACAGCAAACUUGGACAACUGGCAUGCCUUUAGGAUUGUACAGGGAAACCACUUGUUCCUGUUAGUCCAUACAACAUACAUGUAUAUUUCUCCUUAUCAUUUCGUAUAGCAGAUACUGGAUAAAGGGGCACUAUCAUAUUUUAGAACUGAUUGAUAAGUUGGGUGAACACCUUAUGUCCCACUCUGCUCAUCUUUUCACCCAACAUUUGAAUCAAUCUUUUGGGAUAAUUGUUUUUCUUUAUUUUCCUAAAUUUUUUGUUUCUGUCUUUUUUCUUUUCUACCUAUAAACAGAAGAAUACGAAGAAGGUAAAUGGGUGAAAUAAUUGUACCCCCCCAUUAGGAACCCUUAACCCAGUAACAACUUCACUCCCUCGAUGAUCAAUGAGUUUUCACUAAUUUUAUUUAACCUCUUCUCUGCCAAAAGGACCUUUAAAGUAUAUAAAUUUAAAUAUACGUCACUAAUGCUUCAAUUGUAUAAAACACACAUGUAUUUCUAUUCCACUGUUUAUAUAUAUAUAUAUAUAUAUAUAUAUAUAUAUAUAUAUAUAUAGUAUUUAUCUAUAUAUCUAAGAAAAUGUGUGAUUAAGUGUCACAUGACUAUGAUGGUUAUCCCCUAACGUGCUCUGAUGGGACAACAUCCAGACUAUUUAUCAUGUAAAAGUCCUGCAACUGCUCCAUAUAUUUUAUUUAAAACUACAAAGUAGUUCUAUAUGGGUCCUUUUAUCAGUAAAAAGGUUAAAUGACCAAAUCCCUCAGUUUUCUAGUCCCUCUGGCCAAGUCUAAUUGCAUUUUUACUCUCAAUCGUCUUAAUAAAAGUUCCAGACAUUCCUGGCCCAUGUGCUCCAUUCCUUUCUCUAUAUGAAGACCAUAUCUAGUUCAGUGCAGGAUCAUCUAUGUAUAGUAUUGAUGAGGUCUAGUCCUAACACGCAUGUUUCCUUGUAAGUUGGACACAUCUGGAUGUUAAAGUUUAACGGGCGACUGAUAACGUGUGGGUACCUGGAAUAGUGUUCUAACAGCUGAGGCCAAUGAGUAUUGGCCACUAUGCUUUAAAUCAGUCAAUGUUCCCUUUGUGCUGUGCUGUGGUGCUCUUUACUUGGCUCAUUUAUGUGCUGAAGGCUAAUGUUUUGCUUUGUCUACUUUCUUGCUUUAUCUCAAACACCCUCUUCAUGACAAAUUGCCUGUGCAGAAGAAGCCCCAGAAGGUAUGUGUUGAUUUUGCAAACUGAUCCAAUUAUUGCAGAUAUUGUAGAUGUGGAUAGGAAUGGGUAUGAUUUGUAAAGAUUUGCUGGGGGUGUUUGGAUGUCCUGUCUACAUAGCAGUGUUGGUGUUCUUCUGGUGAUUGAUAAAUCUGGAGAAAGUGGUCAGUGUCUAUUACGCAUGUUUCCCUCUGGGAUCCACUCUAUAAUACAUUAAUGGGUUAAUUACCAGAAUUAUUCUCUAAACAGUGAAUUGCAAUGUAUGGACAAACCAUACACAACAUUUAGGCCAUCAUAGCAGCGUUCGGUAAUGGAUCAGCGUUCGGUAAUGGACAUGUUCUCCAAUUUGGCUAGCUUGCUCCACUUCUUGCAUUUUCUUGAUCAAGUGGAAAUAAUUAAUCGUUUCCCAAGUGGUCAAUGGUCACAAGGAAAAUGAGUCAGUUUGCACAAUUGAACAUUCAUUGCAGUGCUAGAUAUGUUUUGAUCUCAGCAACUAAAUAAUAAGUAAGACAUCUCGUGUUUUUUCCAAGCUGCAAAUGUUUCUUUUUCCAUUUUUGCCUAAAUGUUGCAAGUUGAUUAUUUACUGUUUCGUGAAUAAACUGUCCAUUCUCGUAGAGGGAAGCCCGUAAUUCUCAUUCAGCAUCCUUGGACUCAUUGAUAUGCAUUCAGGAGGCUGUAUUUGCCCAGCUUGACAAAAUAUGCUACAAUAAACAUUCAGGCUAUCAAAUAUUUUAAAAAAAUUGGACAGCCUGUAAACAUUUUCAUGGCAGAGAAGAUGUUCCUCAAUACUCCCUGAUGAGUUUCCAUUUGUCUGUGUCACGCUCUGCUACGAAGGAACUUCGAUUUAGUGAAUGGCAUCAUGUUUAGGUGACACUGUAGAAGCUUAAAUUGCAUCUUGUCUGUGUGUCAUUGUGAGCAGUUCUGUGCAUUGUGUUUGCUCGUUCUUGCUUGUCUAACAACUUUUCUUUUCCCCUUAAUGCUUUCCUUAAACAGUGGAGGAAACCCACGAGGAAGGUAUGUGAUCUACUCCCCUAAUAUCUGGUGCUAGUGUAUUUCUGACAAAAUAUUUGGGGCCUAUUCACAUAAUCCUUUAUUUAGAGCUGUUAGAUUCAGCUCAGUUAGACUGACCUAGACUUGAGCUGAAUUUUAGCCAAUAGAACAAAUUCAAGGCUUAGUGAAUGGACUGCCCCAGCUUUGAUUGGUACUGAAACGGUUAUCAAUACUGCAGACUUUGCCAACAGGAACACAACUUAUGCGUACUUCUUGGUAAAUUCAAUGCAGGGUUGCUCAGCACACAUUGACAUGCUCCCUGACUACUUUCCUUUUUGUAUGGUCCCAUUUACUAGUCCUGACCAUUUUGAAGUUCUGCGCUCACAAAUCUCAAGAGUUCUGAGAAGAACUGACAUUGUAACAUUGUAAAAUCCCAUCUUUGUCAAACAACUGCAUAGGAAACGAUAAGGCUAUGGAUCCAUGCAACAGACAUGACCUCUAGUGGCCAUUGUUGUGCAUGCAGGGAUAAAACCAAAGCAGUCAUUCUUCUUGAUCUUUGUAACUACAAUUGGGUUUGUACACUAGGUAUGCUGAGUAAACUGCCUGACAUCUGCUAUUGGCCUCUGGACAUUCACUGACUCUGUACCUCUUGCAAUGCGGUACUGCCUCAAAAUGUGCAAUGUAGCUUCCAAAUAUGCAUCUUUUAUCUGCCAGAAGAGAGCUGCUCUGCACUGUGCAAUGUAGCUUCCAAAUGUGCAUCUUUUAUCUGCCAGAAUAGAGCUGCUCCGCACUGUGCAAUGUAGCUUCCAAAUACAGGUGGUCCUUGUUUUACGACGGCUCGCACUUACGACCAGCUCUCUCGCGGGGUGGUAAGUGUGCAGACACUCCUCACUUACCGACCGAGUUCUGUUCCUACCACCCGAUCGUAGAACGAAUUGGUCGGUAAGUGAGGAGUUAACAGAUUCCCUGCUCUGCUGCGUUCUUCUUUGUUCGGGGAAAUGUCCCUGAACACAGACAUGCGCACCAGAGCGGGGAAUCCCUUAAUUUAUGUUUGGGGAAAUUUCCCCGAAGAUAGAUUAGAGCGAUUCCCUGCUCUGAUGCGUUUGUCUAUGUUCAGGGACAUUUCCCCGAACAAAGAAGAACGCAGCAGAGCAGGGAAUCCGUUAACUCCUCACCGACCAAUUCGUCCUACGACCGGGUCAUAGGAACAGAACGUGGUCAGUAAGUGCGGAGUGUCUGUAGGCAUCUUUUAUCUGCCAGAACAGAGCUGCUCCGCAAUGUGCUGCUCGCUGCAUUUGCUAUAUUGUUAACUGUCUGAAAGAUGUGCAAGCUGUUUGGCAAUUAAAGGAGAGUUUAUACACUAUUAAUACGGCAACAGCACAUAGUUGUUUAGUUCUGUGAAGCCAGACAGGAAUUUAUCCAGUUCUGCUAUUUUGGCCUUAAAUUAGCAAUUCCUUUUGUCCGUUCUCCAUAAAUUAGAACAUCCACCUCCAUCAUUGUUCAAGUUGGAGACAGGAUAAUGAAAUUCCUCUAAAUGUCUCUUAAUAUUAUUACACUGCUUUGUUGCCAAUAACAACACAAAACUGCUGAAAUGUUUGACACCUAUCAAAAUAAAUGGCAAUGAUAUGUGUUUAUUGCCCCUUUUAACUUUACACUGAAACUUCAUUCAAGGUAUAUUGGAAAUAUUCCUAUUCAAUCACUCAUAAACCUUCUGUCAUUUAAACCUUGCCAUUCUGUGCCAAUAUUCCAGAACUGUCUCCAGUCUACACUAUAUUCCCACAAUCCAGAUCUCUAUCCUAACAGUAGAAAGCGCAAGUUAAUUUAACAAAAUCAUUUAAAAUACUAAAUAAAUAUUAUUUUAUAGCAGCUAUAACCUAUCACCUACCCACAAGUGUAAAAAUAAAAAAUAAAAUACAACAAAAAAAAUUAUAAACCAUCCCGCAAAGUUAUCAGGCUAAAAAUCAAGAAAAAGCCUUUUCCCAAUUACUAACAAGUUAAAUAAUGUAAAAUAACAAUCAGAACAGAUACAUUCAAUAGAACUUUCUAAUGCAUUCAGUUUUAUUGAACACUGUCUGUUCGGUUUGUUAGACAUUAUUUUAGGCGUACUUUUUAAACCUUGUUUAUAAUUGUGACAAUGGUUUUUCUUGAUUUUUAAAAACCCUGAUGGCUUUAUCAGGUGGUUUAUAAUUUCUAUGUGUUAUUGUUCAUGCACCAGGGCCUCAGUUUGGAUAACUUUCUAAAUGAUUUCAUCUUUUUUGGACACAUUUUUACACUUAUUUAAUAUUAAGAAAAAUAUUUUACAUUUUGUAUUUUUUUUUUUAUAUAUUGAUAUGUAUAUAUUUUUAAAAUAUGAUCUAUUUGUAGAUAUUUAAAUAUGACAAAAAAAUAAUUUUUAAAAUUUAUCCAAAAAUCUUAAAUCAUUUGGAAAGCUUAUCCAACAAUAUGGUAUCGAGGUUGAGAUGUCUGAUGCACAAAAAGAAUAGCAUGAGAACCCUACGGCUGAAUGCCCUGCAGCCUUCGAAGACCUGAAGUUUUUGGCUUUAUGUUCAACUGUACUGUAGCAUUGAUUGUCUGCAUCCUUUUAUAAUGCACCUACCACUAAUGUUGCAUUGGCUUUUAUGUCCUACGAUAUCUCCUCUUCCCUUCCUGCUUUCUAAUGCCGCACCCCCUUCCCCAAAUCCACUGUGCCUGCUGCGUGACUGCUUGAACUGUGUCCGUCUUGGCUCUGCAAUCUGCAUCAGAAGAAGAGGAGUCAGCACCUGUUGAGGAAACAGCAGCACAAGAGGAGGAAAGUUAUGAGGGAGCCGAGGAGGAAGGUAAGGCAAAUGACUGUCCUUCCUCAGAAUAAUAUGGUUAAGGAGUAAACGCCUUACUCCACUAGGCAAGUAGGAAUUUAAUGAGACCAUACAGAGUGCAGGAGAUCUGUCCAGGCUUGGAUCUUUGUUCUAACAACGUAGGAGGUCCAUUCUGGAUGUCUAUGUAGGCCACGGCUUACAAUUCCAUUUUAUUUCCAUAGUACAGUGGACUUUUUAGGUACAUUCACAUUAUCACGUUGUGUGACCAAAUCACUUGAACUACAGCAGGCAGAUCACUGGUAGAUCAGCACUGUUGCUCCUGCUGGCAGUGAUACAAAGGCCCUUAAAUGGAUUAAAAAAUGGCAAAUUACGCCAUCAACAUAAUAUAUGGAAGAGAGAACAAUGCUUAUGGCACUCCACCUGUGACCUUUUAUGUAGGGCUUCUGACAGUUAUAGCAGGUGGACGUUAUCAAGGGUCAUUUAGUUGUUAAACAGUGCUAAGCUUACUUUCCACUUGCCAUGUCUCUCUCUGCCUGCUUGUAUGUCAAUGCGCAUGACCUGCAUUUACCACUAUGAAGUUGAAGGACAGGAUAUGCAGCACUGACUUGCCAACGUUUACAGUUGAAAGCCCAGCAGUUAUCUAGAGAAUAUGACAAUGUUAAUGAUUUUAUAUAUUGUGAAAAGUCAAUAAACUCAAUAAUUACCUGUAAGAAGCUGUAAAACAUUACAUAUCAUUGCCUUCGAGAUUGCAGCUUAAGGGUCAGGGUAAAUGACAUGGUCGGUACACCCAGUGAUCGUAUUACUGUAUGGUAAUUCUGGGAGUAAUCUAAGAAUUAGCAUCUUAGAGGUAUUUGAGCAGUUUUUGACUUUUGACUCUCUAUAUAUAUAUAUACACCUGAAUUAAGUAUAUGAGAGAUUCCCGAAUUGUCAAUGUAUCAUUCGAACUAUGAACUGGCUGGAUUCAUCAUAAGUUCUUCCAUAAAAUAUGUAAAUCUGAGUCCAGGCUGAUAGAGAAUUUCCAUAAAUCCUUUUUAAUGGAUUGAAAGUAAAUAAUUAAAACAUUUCUGAUUUAGUUUUUAUUCUUUGAUUGUCAAAGUGAGUGUGUCAUCAAAAGACUCCAAAAUGGCCUACGUGGCUUCAUUAAGGUGUUUGCUGUCAGUGUCCUCACUUCUGGGAUAAAAAGAGUAAAAAUGUAUAUUGACAGCUUGAUCAUAAAUGUUGAUAAAUUACAGAAAUGUUGUGUAUAUGUAAGAAUGCCUGUUAGUUGUAUGAUCUGAUUCUAUGUAGGAAAUGCCUGGAAUAAGAUGGCAGCUGGUACAAUAAACAUGGUUUCUAAUACAGGAUAGCAGGAAUGACAUAAUGUUUUUUUACUUGCAGAGCAUGGUGACGAAUACGACGGUAUUUGGCUUCCACAUUUUUUCUUUUGUUUUCUCUCCCUUCCCCCAUUUAACUGGCAGGUUGGCCCAAAUUUCUACAAGGUUUCUGGAACAGUUUAUCAAUUUUGUUUCUAUUUCUUCUCAUUUUGCACAAUGCAGUCCACAAAUGCUAACCAAGUGUUAUUAUAUGGGCUGAUUAGAGAAGAAAUACCUUAAAAACUCAAUUGAAACGUAAUCAUUAAUUCAGUCAUUAUUUGCCAUGAGCACAGUUACAAAGCCAAGAUUGCCUGCUAGAAUGACCCCUUGAAAUCACAUGAUGAGUUUUAAAAUAGCCAAAAAUAUUAGGGAAAGUUUUGCCACCUUAAAAUAUUCUGUUUGGCCUAAUUGGCUGAUUUUAAAGUAGUAUUAUCGAUAUCUAUAUUUGUUUGUUCCAGGUUCAAACACUGUGGAGUUUUGGCUCGGCCUUCAAUUAUUCCUAUUUUUACUUUGAUUUACUAAAUUAAUCUCCUUUUUACCUCACUUUCCAAUAACGGUUGGAAAAAUCAGCAGAUCAUUACCACAUACAAUGCUCUGCUUCUCUGCCAAACGCUUCUCUUUCCCAUUUCAUCUACACGCAGUCUCACUAAUUUACAUCUGAAUAGUUUUUCUGUACAAACUUUUCCUCUACCUACCCAUAAUGUAAUGCCUCACCUACCUCCUUCCUUUCACCACAUGAUUCACCUACCUUGAUCUCAACAUGUUCCAUAGAUCGCCUCCCCACCUCUAACACUGUAUGUCUGUCUUCUUCCCACCUCUAACACUGUCUAUCUCAUUCCCACCUCUAACACUGUCUGUCUAUCUCCUUCCCAACUCUACCACUGUCUGCCUAUCUCCUUCCUAACUCUAUCUCCCAACCACCUCUAAAAAUGGCUAUCUCCUUCCCACCUCUAACACUGUCUGUCUAUCUCCUUCCCACCUCUAACACUGUCUAUCUCCUUCCCACCUCUAACACUGUCUAACUCCUUCCCACCUCUAACACUGUCUGUCUAUCUCCUUCCCACCUCUAACACUGUCUGUCUAUCUCCUUCCCACCUCUAACACUGUCUGUCUAUCUCCUUCCCACCUCUAACACUGUCUGUCUAUUUUCUUACUACUUAUACUUCAUCUAUCUGCUUCCCAUCUACACAAUAUCCAUCCUUCUUCUUCCUAUUUACACAGUUGUUUGUGAUCUAUCUACUUCUCAUCGACACAGCUUUCAUUUAUUUCCUUUACUUCUAACUCUACUUCCCAUCCACAUAGUCUUGAUCUAUCUCCAUCCCAUCCACAUAGUCCAUCUAUCUCCAUCCCAUCCACAUAUAGUAUUCAUCUAUCUUCAUCCCAUCCACAUAGUCUUCAGCUAUCUCCAUCCCAUCCACAGUCUUCAGCUAUCUCCAUCCCAUCCACAUAGUCUUCAUGUAUCUCCAUCCCAUCCACAUAGUCUUCAUGUAUCUCCAUCCCAUCCACAUAUUAUUCAUCUAUCUCCAUCCCAUCCACAGUCUUCAGCUAUCUCCGUCCCAUCCACAUAGUCAUCUUCCGCUAUCUCCAUGCCAUCCACAGUCUUCAGCUAUCUCCAUCCCAUCCACACAGUCUUCAGCUAUCUCCAUCCCAUCCACACAGUCUUCAGCUAUCUCCAUCCCAUCCACACAGUCUUCAGCUAUCUCCAUCCCAUCCACAUAGUCUUCAGCUAUCUCCAUCCCAUCCACAUAGUCUUCAGCUAUCUCCAUCCCAUCCACACAGUCUUCAGCUAUCUCCAUCCCAUCCACACAGUCUUCAGCUAUCUCCAUCCCAUCCACAUAGUCUUCAGCUAUCUCCAUCCCAUCUAUACAAUAUUCACAUAACUCCUUCCCAUGUGUGCAUCAAGGCUGAACUUGAUGGAUGCAUGUCUCUUUUCAUCUGUGUAACUAUAUACAGUACUUACCUAUCUCCUGUCUAUCUCCUUUCCAGUUCUACACUCUUUGUAUAUCUCCUUCCAAUCUAUUUAUGCUUUGACUUCUAUGUGCUUCUCAUCUUAACAUUCUUCUUAUAUCUCUUCUCCAUCUCCACCCGUUUCUCCUUCUUUUCUCACACUCCACCUUCUCUUGGUCAUCCCAGUGUCCAUCUACGUCUUUAUCAUCUUCACACAGUCCACCCUCUAUUUUUUUUUCUUCCUAUCUCCACAUCCUACCAAAUGAAGUGACACGUAUAAUGUGCAGGAAAAAAAAAGAACUUUAUGUAAUAUUCAAAACAAAGUAAAUGCCCUCUACUGGUAUGUAUAACCAACUUAAUACCAUUAAUUUGAACCAAGCAAUCUGCUAAUAUUAUUCCAAUAAUCUUAGUAUGUGCAACCCAAGAGAUACUUUUAUAACAGCAGCCAUAAUCAGUGUGCAAAAACACAUUUAAUCAAGUGGUGGACAAUGGCACCUCUGAGGAGUGAUCUUGUUGGUAAUCACAUUUCAUUUAGAUCAUUCACAUUCAUACUCAAUCUCUAAGUCUUAUAUUACUGACUCUUCAUGCUUCCGUCUUCUGAACCAUUUCACAGCCACAAAUGCUUUGCUCUGCUUUCUCUAGCAUAAAAAGGAACAAAUGUCCUGUUUCCUUAGCCAGCUCCAUUAUUCAAAAUUCUCUCCUUCUCUCACACAUUCCAUCUCCUCUCUGGAUCAAGAAAUAACGAUUUUUCCCCCACCCAUUAACAAGUUGAGAUUUCUCAUUUUAUUGUUCGAAGUUUCUUUCCCCACUCAUUAAAUAACUAACCUUUCUUUUCCUGAUCAUCCUGGAAUUUGUGUUUUCUCUCUCUCUGACAGGUCAUGACUCAUGUAGUGGCCAUUAAAUGGAUUCAUCGGAAUAGGGGGAGGGCUUUAAAGGAAUUUGGGGUAUUGAUUCUGAUCUAAAUUAGCUGUGGAUGUUAACACUGUGAGAAAGCAUCAUGUGACAGUAUCCAAUAAUCUAACACCAUCACAGAUCGUGCCAGUCCCUUAUAGACAACUAGGAGUGACCCUGCUGAUCUAUGACACUACCUGUGAUAGAAAACAAUUGACACACAACAUACAAUAGACAUUCCUUGGUGGGGAGCAGAACAAGAAUGAUUUGGAAGAGUCUCACAACGAUGCUCUUGAUUCCAUGUUCCAUAAUAUUACUAUGUUCACAUGUUACUGCACUUGGAUUGCCCUCUGCCUGUUUCACUCCCACGUUUUGCAUGUUGCACCAUGUUGUGGUUUCAUUCUCACUUCUGUUUCCUUAUGUUUUCUCCUCUCUAAAUUCUAUCUACAGAAGAGAAGCCAAAACCAAAGUAAGUGCGUCUAUCAAUGCCAUUGCUUCCUAUAAUAAACUCCCAUAUCUGUUCUAAUCUCUGAAGCAGAACUAUAUUUACACCCUGUGCACUGCAUAUGUAAACCAAAAACAUCUCUACAUGUUCUGAUAGCAAUCUUUACCACUUUCCCUGUGCUCGGUCAUCAUUCAUGUCUCUGGUCUCGAAUCCUUUCACCAUCACUCAUUGCAACCAACACUACUGGCACUUACUUGCCAAUGACGUCAUUCGUAUACCAUUACAGUUCCUCUCCGUUAUGUUCUACAGGUUGGAUUGUCAAGAACUCAAUGUAAAGUCACAUUUUAGACCACAACUGCUGAAUGGGAACAUUUCUGAGUCUGUUAUGUUUUUGGCCUAAAAUGUGAAAUUAAUUUUGAUUGUGAAUAACCAAUGCCUGUGUUCGAACGGUGGCCCACUCCUUAAUGAAUACUAAUAGGCCAGGUUUACUGCAUUUCUCAAUUCUUAGUUAUGGGGACACAGACAAAACCUGCUCUGUUAGUAUAUACUGAGGACUAGGUUGGCAUCCUUAGAUCAGUCCAUAAUCUCUAAAAACAUAUCCAACAUUUCCUGUUUUUAUACCGUGCCCAUUAAACACCAUUCAUUACCAUUAUUCAUUCACUAUUACUAUCUCAUAUGAGAAAUAUUAAAUAAGUAAAUGGACAGCGCAUGGCUCUAGGAGUGUUUUCCUUGCGUAUGCGCCACUGCAAUUGUUCAGCCACUCAAACUAACAGCCUUUCUUUCCAUAUUACACCAAUAAUAGUUUUUUUCUUUUCGUACUGCAGACUCACUGCCCCUAAAAUCCCAGAUGGAGAAAAAGUUGACUUUGAUGUGAGUUAAAUCAUCUAGCGGAAGCUAUUCCGUAUAACAUGUGAUAAAAGAAUUGUGUUUUCUUCAGUAGGAGUUACUUGGGCAUACAGGAAAACUAUACCGGGAUCAAGUGGUGCAGAUAUAACCACCAAUAUGUAGCGGUUUUGUCCACUAUUAGUUGUGGUGCUGUCGUAACCCUCUGCAAUGUCUUAGAAUUUAUACAAAAGUAAUGGUAAAGGGUGCAGCCAGCUAGAUUUUGUGAUACCUUUCCCCAUACAGUAAUAAGUACGAUUUUAAUUACAAGUUACAAAAAUCCAGGUUCCCCGACCACCAAAUCUAUAGACCAUAUGCCUCAUAAAAAGUACCUCGUGUGGAAAAACUGCAAAAAGUGUCUCUUGAUAUAGGGAAUAAGUACUAUCAGUGCUAUUCACUAAUGUGCGAAUGGUUGAUCAUUCAAAGUGAAUCGACUAACUUGACUAACCCUGUUGCAUUCAGUUGCAAUCAUAAUGUGUGCCCUAUAUGAGUGAUGGUAAAAUCACAUGUUGUAUAAAGGUAAAAACCCAACAUAUUCAUAAUAUAACAGUUGCAAUAUAUAUAUAUAAUAUAUAUGUGUGUAUAUAUAUAUAUAUAUAUUAAUUAGCGUUCCUAUAAUUUAAUAACUUAAAGGUAGUUAUUGUAGAAUAAUGUUUGCAUAAUGCUUUAGGAUAUGUAGUGAAUAGUUAAAGUUCUGGCUAGACUAUGGUCAUCGAGGAAUGAGUUGGAAAACCCUGUUCUGCAGGAUGUGAUAAAUCUAUUAUAAUAUAGCCUUACUUCACACUUUUCCUUUAUAGUUACAUAGUCACAUAGCUGAAAAGAGAUUUUCUCCAUCAAGUUCAGCCUUCCGCACAUUUGGUUUUUGCUGUUGAUCCAAAAGAAGGAGGAAAAAAAAAUGAACCACUUUUGCAACAAGCUAGGGAAAAAAUUCCUUCUUGACCCCAGAAUGGCAGUCAGAUUUAUCCUUGAAUCAAGCAGUUAUUACCCUACAUUGAAAGAUUAUAUCCUUGAAUAUUCUGUUUUUGCAAGUAUGCAUCUAGUAGCUGUUUGAACAUCUGUAUGGACUCUGAUAAAACCACUUCUUACUUCACACUUUUCUUUUAUGAUGCUACAGGAUAUCCAGAAGAAAAGACAGAACAAGGACUUGAUUGAGUUGCAAUCUUUGAUUGAUACUCAUUUUGAGGGUCGUAAGAAAGAAGAAGAGGAGCUCAUCGCUCUAAAAGACAGAAUUGUAAGUUAUGUCCUUCUAAAAGGUAUUAAACUGGUUGAAUGCUGAUUUUAUGGUGCAUGUUGUGUUAUUGUUCUGUAAUUUUUGGGAACGUAUAGUCAUUAAAAUGUGACUCGAUAUAGCGAGGGGAACUUAUCUACCACAAACUAAAUAAAAAAAAAACCUUCAAAUGUUAACUGUUUAAUUCUCCCUUCACUGUACGAAAUCAGAUAAUAUAAAGAUAAACGUAAUGUUACAUUGGAAUGUUCCAAAAUGCUUAUUUUCCUAGAUAGGCAACAUUCAAUAGUUCUAGUGAAAGUACUAUGCCGUAAAUCACCUUUGUCCAGCUGUAGAUGAAAUUCAAUCAUUGUUGUCUAAUAGUGCAAAUAGAUCUAUUUGCUUUGUAAUACUUGCAUUUAUCUAGUAAGAAACUGUUUUGAAAAUAAAGAUACAUCACAGGAUGGCUAUUUGCCCAUUUUCUUGUAAUAACCCGAUCUUACCUGUAAUUUUCAGGAAAAGCGCAGAGCUGAGAGAGCAGAGCAGCAAAGAAUCAGAGCAGAGAAAGAGAAAGAGCGUCAGAACAGAUUGGCUGUGAGUAUUCUGAAAUUAUAACUCAUCAAAAACACAGCUUGGGUAUUGUAGCUUAUCAAGACUCCAGCUUGGAGAUUCUAGCUCAUCCCAAGACCUCGGCUUGGAAAUUCUAGCUCAUCCCAAGACUUCGGCUUGGAAAUUCUAGCUCAUCCCAAGACUUCAGCUUGGAAAUUCUAGCUCAUCCCAAGACCGGGCCUGCCUUGUGAACUCUAGUUAAUCCCAACACCCAGAAUUCUGCAUCCCCCAAAACACCAUCCCCUCAUACUCCCAGUUCCCAAACACAAUGCUCACACUCCAGCUCCAGUCCUUUGUCUACAUGCUUUACUACUACAUCCUCAAAUGGCUCAAAACAGUGCUCUUAUAUUUUUCAAGUAAAACCAUUUCUGUGAUUCCAGACAUCAUUGCUCCCAUAAACGGCAUCUUAGAACAAGUUCCCAACUAUGGUGCACAAUAAUAAUCUAAACCUCCCCCCCCCACCGCCCUAAUACCUUAACUGUUAUAUGCUACUCCCACAAACCACCUGCACUUGAACUAUUUUUUUAAACACAACUUUGGUAAUUUUAUCAUACUCAAUAACUUUGCGCUCUGCAGGAGGAGAAGGCAAGAAGAGAAGAACAGGAUUUGCUGAGACGUGCUGAGGAUGACAUGAAGAAGAAGAAGGCUCUUUCAUCCAUGGGGGCUUCUUACAGCAGCUACCUGGCCAAGGUAUGUCGGAAGAUAAUUGUCAAAACAAGAUGAACUGUAUUAGCUUGACCUUAUCCUUAUUUUUCCACUAUUAAGCACUUUUGUUUGUGGGGAUCUUCUGUAUAAAGUGGGGAUGUCAAAGGUAGAUGCACAUAUGUCCAACUACAGCCCCCAUGAUGCUUUACCGUCCUUAAAACCACACCUAUAUUGAUAUGUGGUGCAUGUCGGUGAUCACCUUCCCAAAUCAAUGUGUAUGUAAUGGAUACUUAUUAUUAUUAUUAUUAUUAUUAUUGCCAUGUAUAUAGCGCCAACCGAUUCCAUAGCGCUUUACAGUAAUAUUAGAGGGGGGGAUUUAACUAUAAAUAGGACAAUUACAAGAAAACUUACAGGCACAAUAGGUUGAAGAGGGCCCUGCUCAAAUGAGCUUACAGUCUAUAGGAGGCGGGGUAUAAAACACAUUAGGACUGGAAAUAGCAAUCAAAUAAGCUGGAGGAGAGAGUAGACUGCUGCCCUUUAGGAGAUAGCAAGAGGUAUGUGAGGUAGAGGUUAGUCUGGGAGCCUAAAGAAAUGGGUUUUAAGGCACUUCUUAAAUGACUGAAGACUAGGGGAGAGUCUGAUGGCGGUAGGCAGGCUAUUCCAUAGGAAAGGAGCCAUCUGCGAGAAGUCUUGAAAGCACGAGUUGGCCGUACGGGUGCGAGCAACGGGCAGAAUGGAGAGACCGAGAAGGGGCAUACCUAUGGAUCUGUGAGGAGAUAUAAGAGGGGCUAAGAUUAUUCAGUGUUUUAUAUGUAUGGAUUAACACUUUGAAUUGACUCCUAUAGGAUACAGGAAGCCAAUGUAAGGACUGGCAGAGGGGUGAGGUGUGAGAGAACCGACUAGAGUGGAAAAUCAGUCUGGCGGCAGCAUUCAUUACAGACUGUAGCGGGGCAAUAUGGCCAUUGGGAAGACCAAUUAGGAGAGAGUUACAAUAGUCCAUGCGAGAGAUUACUAGAGCAUGGACAAGCUCUUUAGUAGCAUCUUGUAUAAGAAAGGGGCGGAUGCGGGUGAUGCUUUUGAGGUGGAAUUGGCAUGAUUUGACAACAGACUAGAUGUGAGGCUCAAAGGUGAGGCCAGAAUCAAAAUUAACACCAAGACAACGUGCUUGUGAGGAUGGGCUGAUAUGGGUACCACCAAUCUGAAGGGAUAGAGGAGGAAAGACAAGAAGUUCUGUUUUGAAAAGAUUCAGUUUCAGAAAGCAGGAGGACAUCCAAUCAGAGCUAGAAGAAAGGCAAGAGGUCACACAUUGCAGGACAUCAGGGGAGAGGUCUGGGGAGGAGAUAUAUCUGGGUGUCAUCAGCGUACAGGUGGUAUUAGAAUCCAAAAGAGGUAAUAAGUUUGCCAAGAGAGGCAGUGUAAAGAGAAAAUAGAAGGAGACCAAGGACAGAGCCUUGGGGGACUCCAAUCGAGACAGGACGUAUGGUGGAGGUAUCAUUAGAAAAGGAGACACUGAAUGAGCGUUAGGAGAGAUAAGAGGAAAACCACGAGAGGACAUAGUCACAGAGACCGAGUGAUUGAAGAGUUUGGAGAAGGAGAACAUGAUCAACGGUGUCAAAGGCAGUGGAGAGGUCAAGAAGAAUUAGUAUGGAAUAGUGACCUUUGGAUUUAUCUGUGAUGUCGUUAGUGACUUUGAUAAGGGUAGUGUCAGUAGAGUGGAGGGGGAGGAAGUCAGACUGAAGAGGGUCAAGGAGAGAGUUGGAGUUGAGGAAGCAGGCCAGACGGGUGAAGACAGGUCUUUCAAGAAGCUUUGAGGAAUAAGAGAGCAGGGAUAUAGGACGAUAGUUAGAGGGGGAGGAUGGGUCGAGACAUGUUUUUUUUUUAAGAUGGGCACUACAGUGGCAUGUUUAAGGGCAGCAGGAACAGUGCCAGAAGAAAGAGAGCAGUUGAAGAUGUGUGUUAAGGAGGGCACAAGACAAGAGAAUUGUCUAAUAGAGAUAUUACAUGUAAUUCACGCUAAUCCUGAUCUCCCAGUAUUUACUGAAUAAAUGGAAAUCAUGCUAGUCUCCAGAACCUUUUAUAAAUGUAUUCUAGUCUUUACCUCCACAUCUCUCUCAUUCUUUAUCCCACGUGCAUGCGCUAGUUUUGAAUCUGAAUUGUGGUCCCAGCGUUUAGAUUUAUAGGUUCUAAAAGUUCUGAUCUCCACACUUAGGCUUUAUAAAGAAUUACAGUGAUGUAGAAGGCAUUUGAAUUCAUUUUUUUUUAACAACUCUCUAGGCCGACCAGAAGAGAGGCAAAAAGCAGACAGCCCGUGAGCAAAAGAAGAAGAUUUUGGCAGAUCGUCGCAAGCCCCUGAACGUUGACCACAUGAGUGAGGACAAGCUCAGGUACCACCUAAUAUACACUCCCACCCAGAGAACGUUCCACGUUCCAUAUUGUUAUUGCAUGAAGGCACUCCACUUACGGUAAGGUUUGGGGUAUAUCGCGUGUACCCCUAAAUAUCUGUAUUUAUUCAUCACAGGGACAAGGCAAAGGAAUUGUGGGACUGGCUGUAUGAGCUGGAGUCUGAGAAGUUUGAAAUGGGAGAGAAACUCAAGAAACAGAAAUAUGAGGUGAGAGAAUCUCAGAUUGGUUACUUUAUAAUUACCCCCUAUUCUGGCCCUCAGAGCUUACACUCUCUUUAUUUGUAGUUUUUUAAGGAAAUGUUUCCACUCAACAAGUUUAGCAUAAUGUGAAUACUAGAGAUCAGUUUUAAUGAUAGAAGUGGCCCUUAUUUCUUAAAGCAAUUGCUUAUUGUAAAAAAAAAAAAAAAAAAAAUUACCGGUUCAUGAACAAAUCACUCCAUGCUCUUAUUUACAGAUACUUACAUGAAUGGCUGCCACUCUGUGUAUUGUUUAUCCAAAUAGUUCAACUGUUCACUUUUUUGAACAUGUUUAUACACACGGUUAGGUAUAUCACCCAUUCAUAUUCUAUGUACGGAGUUAGAAUUACUGACCACCUUGAGGGCACAGCUAUUUUUCCAAUUUAGCUACUUGGGCCUUACAUUUUAAAUUCACUUUAAAUCAUAGCACUUGUAUACUUACCGGUCUGCAUGCUGAUCAUAUUGUGUAACUGCCAGUUUGUGAAAAUAGCACAUACCAUCAUGCCUUCUCAUAUACCGGGUCUCUCGCUAUGUGCCAGUCUAUGGACAUAUCUUACAUCAUGUGUAUGUGCCAAAUCAACCAAUAUAUUAAGUCACAUUAUUAGUGUAUGCACCUCUCUGUAUAUGAUCAUAUCACAUGUUCCAGUCUGUGUACGGAUCAUAUCACACAUAUCACAUGUGCCAGCCUGUGUACGGAUCAUAUUAUACGUGCCAGUCUGUGUACGGAUCAUAUUAUACGUGCCAGUCUGUGUACGGAUCAUAUUAUAUGUGCCAGCCUGUGUAUGGAUCAUAUUAUACGUGCCAGUCUGUGUACGGAUCAUAUCACAUGUGCCAGCCUGUGUAUGGAUCAUAUUAUACGUGCCAGCCUGUGUAUGGAUCAUAUUAUACGUGCCAGUCUGUGUCUGGAUCAUAUUAUACAUGCCAGUCUGUGUACGGAUCAUAUCACAUGUGCCAGCCUGUGUAUGGAUCAUAUUAUACGUGCCAGUCUGUGUCUGGAUCAUAUUAUACGUGCCAGCCUGUGUACGGAUCAUAUCACAUGUGCCAGCCUGUGUAUGGAUCAUAUUAUACAUGCCAGUCUGUGUCUGGAUCAUAUUAUACGUGCCAGCCUGUGUCUGGAUCAUAUCACAUGUGCCAGCCUGUGUAUGGAUCAUAUUAUACGUGCCAGUCAGUGUCUGGUUCAUAUUAUACGUGCCAGUCUGUGUCUGGAUCAUAUCACAUGUGCCAGCCUGUGUAUGGAUCAUAUUAUACGUGCCAGUCUGUGUCUGGAUCAUAUUAUACGUGCCAGUCUGUGUGUGGAUCAUAAUAUACAUGCCAGUCUUUGUUUAUAUAAUAGUGAAUGUAUUCACUUGCCACAUACAUACAUACAUACAGAAUAAGUAACUAUCAAUGUCUGACUGUCCAUUGUGUCUCUGCGUUCUGAUCCAACUGUGGAUCUAGCUCAUCAGUGUAUCCAUACUCCAGUCUACGUGAUAUUCCAGAUCAGAAUUCAAGCCAUAUAUGAACUAGCAUGUUACAUAUUACACGUCACCUCCGGUUAGCAUAAAGAGACAGAAUAAAAACUGUAUACACAUCCAUUCACAUAAUCGCAAGAUCGGUCUACUAUGGUAACAGGAAACAGUUCAUUCACAAUGUAAGAGAAAUAGCUGUCACUCAGUUUAUUUACUUGGUAGGGUUAUUGUAAAAUGUAAAAUGGUAGUAAUUUAGUAAAAAACUUAAUUCACUCACAAUCCAUCCAUUAAGAAGGUCAUGAAGGCAUAGAAAACUCACUCAUGGGGUGCAUCCUGCAACUAUUUCUGGCUGUAAAUGGCACUUUUUCAUGUCCUUAUCUUGGUCUCUCUUAGAUUACGACCCUGCAUAGGAGAGUGGAAGAACUCUCCAAGUUGUAAGUAGAGUUAUUGCCCCGGAAGGGGGAGCAGCACAAGGUGGUUCUUGCAGGCAUGUGACAGAGUAGCAACUAGUACGACUGGGUAUGAGGCUGGAGCAAAUGUUACAAGAGAUAUUAUAAUACAUGCUCCAAGACUGCAAACUCCAAACACGGGGUGAUACAAAGACAUAAUGUCACCCACAAUUCUCUAUUUUAGAAACAUAGGUGAUCUGACCUGCACAAACUCUAUUGAGAUCCAGUAACAACCAGGGAGGGCUCCACGAUUUAACAUGACUAAGCUAAAGCUUAUAUGUUGAGGCAUUAUGGGUAAAAUAGAAAUCUUUACAGCCAUUGUUUUAUUGGUUAUUUCAUCCAAGACGGCACCAGUUUGUAUUCCAGAAUUUCUUUGCUUUCAAAAGUGAAAGUUUUUUUCUUUUUGUUUCUAUAAUACCCACCAUAUAUUUAUUAUAUAAAUAAGAAAUAACAAACCAUUUUAAACAUCUUAACCAUUUGGUGGCAUAUGUUAUCUCUGGAUCUCGAACAUUAUACUCUAAUGGUUGAAAUGUUAAAGGUUGAUUAUGCUACUACUUGUGGAGCUAUAGAGUCUCAGUACCCCAACUGCCACGCAGCUCAGUAUAGAGUGUAUCUCCACAACAGCCUGAGACACAACGUGUUUGGAACUACCAUGUGCACAGUCUGUUUCCUGGAAUCACUACUCUGCAAAAGAACACAUAGGGUGCUUGCAGUCUUGGGGUUUGUUGCAGUGCUUUUGAGGCUUUUAAUGGGGAUACUGGUUGGGACUUGUUCCUCUGCUCCAGGACCUAACCCAGGUGUUGUUUGACGGUAAGUAUCUAGAUUUGAAGAAAUAUCUGGAUUUUUUGUGUGUGUGUCAGAGGUACAGACAGGGCUCGUUUGCCACUAUUCAUUUACACAGGUUGGAGUGCUGCCCUGUUAAAAAGAGUAUAAGGUAACUUAUGUACAUCAUACACCUUGCUAUACCUCCAAGAAGGUCCAGUGGAGCUGGAGGUAGGAAGUUCUUGAGAACUCGUCUUCAUAAAUGGGCUGUGUGUUGUUUUAACAGGUUACAACCCUCAGGAACCGUAUUGAUCAACUCCAGAAACAGUAAGUAGUAACACUAUCACAAAAUCUAACCUAAAGCAGCCUGUCUCCAAAUACACUAAAUUUGAGCUCACCCUUUUGGCUUACCAUCUCCUUUACGAACAUUCACCACAAUCCUAAAUUACCUCUCGUAAUCCUUUCUCAUAACACAACCAUAAAUCUACUAGGACUCCAAACCCUUCCAAAGUUUCAGAACAUUUCAAUCACUCAUGUGUUAACUAAUAAGUCCCAUCCUGGGUGGAUGUAGCUCCAAGGGCCUUGAUGUAGAAACCAUGCUGCCUAAAUCCAUGGCAUUGAUUGUUUCUGUUUCUUGAUCAUAUUGUGAAUCUUAAGACCUCAACCAUGGAAAUUAUGAACUGCACAAAACCAUAGAACCUAACACCUAGUUUUCUAUUACCAAAUCCUUAUUCACUACGCCACCAAACUUUUCCACACCUCAGAUAUUGUAUCUGUUUUACCAACACAUGCCGUACUCUACCAUAAACGGCAUAUAAAAGCACAUUCAUUAUUAUAAUUCCAAGUCCCAACACUUUUUAUAUUAUGGAAUGAAAUGCUGAAACCAAUUUAAACCCUAUGCAUGUUCCUCUACUCAUAUUCCUUUAAACCCUCAAAUUCUGCACAGUAUGUCCCCAAAAAUAACAUUGUGUGAUCCCAAACCUGUUUUGUCUAAACCACAAUCAUGUUCUUAUACAUUAUUUUUUGUAUGACCCAAGAUGUGUUCUAUUAAAGUGAUAUUUAACUCCAAUCUAAUAUCUGCACUUGCUCCUUAAUUAUAAGAAAUGGUUAAACCUACCAGCCCCUAUUACAUAACUGAGUAUUGUUAACCUUAAAAGUUACUUUGGCUAGCCUGAGCUCCAUGCUUUACCCAUCAUUUGGAUUUAGAGAGACGAAAUAUGGCCAGUAUUACUGUCUUAACAAGAUAAAUGUUACCAAGUAACCUUCCAGUCUAACCCUGUAAUGUGCAGGACAAGUAAGUAUAAUACCUAGGUCUACUCUAACGCAUCACUGACAGUUAUAACAGGUAUAGUAUUUAAAACAGUUGGAGGCUGCGGUCCUGUCAUCAGUAGAAAGACUAACAUACCUGAUCACCGACAUUACAGAGGGGCAAUUGAAUAUCUGCACAGCCCAUGUUAAAAGAGCCAAUAAUAUUGAUAUCUUACAAACCAAGGCCAAUUAGAUUGUGCUGGUGACAGUUACAACAGUCUGUACGUACGACUAGUAUGCAUGAGAACGAGAAGUAAAAGCAUGUGUGAGGUAUGCGCAGUCCUUCUAAACUAACACCAGAGAAUAUGGUAAGUAACCAUUGCCUGUGAAUGCUCUGCUCCAGUGGAUCUGUACAGACUUCAAAUUGUUCCUUCUUGUAUAUCACCAUCACCGGGCCACUGGUUUUCUUUUCUAUAGUUCUUCAUAAUCAUCUGGUCUCCUUGUACAUUCACUCAUUGACUUUCUCUUCCUGAAUUUCCAAUUCUCCAUUUCUGUAAUUCUGUGCCCCUUAAUUAAAAAAAAUAAAAAAGAAGAAGAAACCCAGAUGCCCAUGUGAGGGAGGUAGAAGUUUUGUAUAACCUUAAUCCUCUUUGAUCUUUGUCUAAUUUUCCCAUUAACAGCAGCAAGAAGGCAGGUGGCAAAGGAAAGGUUGGGGGCCGCUGGAAGUAA